AAACUACAGCGCUCACUGUAGUUUUGUUUUUCAGAGCGGGUUCCUCGGAGGCUCAACGUUUCUCCUUCUGGAUUCUGUCGCUAAACUUUCUGGAUAAAGAGACUUUUGAUUCCUGAAGCCCGCCCCCCCGGGCCGCCCAGGCAUCCUUGUGCACACAAGGUGCCGACCAACAUGUCAACACAGGCGCCGACGUUCACGCAGCCGCUGCAGAGCGUCGUGGCAUUAGAGGGUAGUGCCGCGACGUUCGAGGCUCAAGUUAGUGGUUCUCCAGUUCCUGAGGUGAGCUGGUUCCGUGAUGGCCAGGUUCUUUCCGCCGCCGCUUUGCCCGGCGUUCAGAUCUCGUUCAGCGACGGCCGCGCUGUUCUGAGGAUCCCCGCCGUGACCGCCGCACACAGCGGGAGAUUUUCUGUUAGAGCCACCAAUGGCGCUGGACAAGCCACGAGUACCGCCGAACUCCUCGUAACAGCCGAGACGGCGCCUCCAAACUUCCUCCAGAGACUUCAGAGCUCCUCGGUGAGACAGGGCAGCCAGGUGAGGCUGGACGUCCGAGUCUCAGGUAUCCCCACACCUGUGGUGAAGUUCUACAGAGAGGGAGCCGAGAUCCAGAGCUCGGCCGACUUCAGGAUCCUCCAGGAGGGGGACCUGUACAGUCUGCUGAUCGCCGAGGCCUUCCCAGAGGAUUCUGGGACAUAUUCUGUGACCGCCACCAACAGCAGCGGACGAGCCACCUCCACCGCCGAGCUGCUCGUUCAGGGUGAAGAAGCUGUACCUACCAAGAAAACUAAGACGAUUGUUUCCACAUCUCAGAUGGCCGCUUCCCAGACCAGAGUGCAGAGGAGUGUGGAGGCCAGUUUCCAGGCCACCACCAUGAUGGAGAUGCACGUAGAAGGAGGAAUGAUGACUCAGCAGUUGGCUCACAAAACUCCGCCUCGGGUUCCCCCAAAACCGACCUCCAAGUCCCCGCCGUCCUUCAUCUCCAAGGUGGCGGGAGGACGCCAGCAGUCGCCUUCGCCUGUCAGACACGUGAAGGGACCGGCGCCCGCACCUGUCAGACCCGUCUCCCCCUCCAGCAGACUGUCCGUCUCUCCCAUCAGACCCGUCAAGUCUCCCAUCAUGUCCAGGAAACAGGUCGUGGCCUCUGCAGAGGUCCUGCCGCCCUGGAAGCAGGGAGACUACAUUGCUGAGUCCAGCUACUCCACCAUGACCAGCAUGACCGGUGUGAGCAGUGCCGCCCAGCUGCACAUGGAGAAGCACUGGGAGCAGCAGGUCAGCACCAGCAGAGAGGAGGCGGUGGCCGUUCCUACCAGAGCUGAGGAGCCCGUUGUCCCGCCCACUCUGAUCGCUGGCCUGAAGAACGUGACGGUGACGGAGGGCGAGUCGGUGACCCUGGAGUGUCAGAUCAGCGGUCACCCCGCCCCCACCAUCAUGUGGUUCAGAGAGGACUACAAGAUCGAGAGCUCCAUCGACUUCCAGAUCACCUACAUCAGCGGCUUCGCCCGGCUGGUGAUCCGCGAGGCAUUCGCCGAAGACAGCGGCCGCUUCACCUGCACCGCCACCAGCGAGGCAGGCACCGUCAGCACCUCCUGCUACCUGCUCGUCAAAGUGUCAGAGGAGAUCGAGAGCAGAGAGGAAACCACCGUCACAGAAGCUGGGAUCACUCAACAGAAAACCAUUGCCGUGGAGACGAAGGAACAGGUGGUGACGGAGGUGAGCACCGGAGAGUUCGCUGCUCCCUUCUUCAUCAAGAAACCGACCGUCCAGAAGCUGGUGGAGGGAGGAGGCGUGGUGUUCGAGUGCCAGGUCGGAGGAAACCCCAAACCGCACGUCAUCUGGAAGAAGAGCGGCGUGCCGCUCACCACCGGAUACAGAUACAAAGUCGCCUACAACAAGGAGACCGGAGAAUGCAAACUGGAGAUCUCCAUGACCUUCGCUGACGAUGCUGGAGAAUACGCCAUAUUCUUAAAGAAUCCACACGGAGAAGCCUCAGCCUCCGCCGGCCUGCUGGAGGAAGAGCAAUAUGAAGCCUACAUGAAGCAACAUGACGUGACGUAUAAAACUGAAGUGACGACGACGGUGGUUCAGGAGCCCUCUGUGGUCGUGAAUCAGUACGAGCUGGAGCAGAGGAGGGUGACCACCCCCAUGAGCUUUGUCUCAGAAACGGAGUUUCUGAUUUCAGCCUUUGAAGAGCGGAUCAUCCAGGAGAUCGAGCUACGUAUUAUGAUGAUCACCUAUACUGAGCUGGUGACGGAGGACGGAGAGAUGAUGGUGACUGUAGCAGAAGAGGAGGCAGUGCAGCCGGUCUUCGACACGCCGGUCAAAAACUACAGGAUCAUGGAUGGAAUGGGCGUCACUUUCCACUGCAAGAUGGGUGGAAACCCUCUGCCAAAGAUUGCUUGGUACAAAGACGGGCAGCGCAUCAGGCCUGGCGGCCGUUACCAGAUGGAGGUCCUCCAGGAUGGGCGCGCCAGCCUCCGUAUUCCUGUGGUGCUACCAGAGGACGAGGGCGUGUACACCGCCUUCGUUUCCAACAUGAAGGGAAAUGCCGUCAGCUCUGGGAAGCUCUAUGUAGAGCCGUCCGGAACAGUAACACCUCAGAGAUACACCCCUCAGCCAGCCAUGCAGAGGAUCAGGUCCACAUCUCCUCGCUCUUUGAGCCGCUCACCUGGACGCUCUUCCAGCCGUUCUCCAGGACGCUCUCCGGCCCGCCGCCUCGACGAUACAGAUGAGGCUCAGCUGGAAAGACUCUACAAACCCGUCUUUGUCAUGAAGCCUUCUUCUAUAAAAUGCUCCGAAGGGCAAACUGCCAGAUUUGACUUAAAGGUUGUCGGCAGACCGAUGCCCGACACUUACUGGUUCCACAAUGGACAACAAGUGGUCAAUGACUACACACACAAGAUAGUGAUCAAAGAGGAUGGUAUCCAGUCCCUGAUCAUCGUCCCAGCCAUGCCCAAAGACUCCGGAGAGUGGACAGUUGUCGCUCAGAACAGAGCUGGACGGACUUCUGUCUCUGUAUCACUUAAUGUUGAUGCUCGAGAAAGCCUGGCACGCCCUCAGUUUGUUGAGAAGCUGAAGAACAUCACUGUGAAGCAGGGCACUCUGGUUGAAUUGGCUGUCAGAGCCAUCGGCAACCCCCUGCCCGACAUUGUCUGGCUGAAAAACAGUGACAUUAUCACCCCACAAAAGCACCCACAUAUCAAGAUUGAAGGGACUAAAGGAGAGGCCAAAUUCCAGAUCCCAUCCUCUUCAAGCACAGACAGUGCCUGGUACACCGCUACAGCCAUCAACAAGGCUGGCAGGGACACCACUCGCUGCAGAGUCAAUGUUGAAGUGGACUUCGCUGCCCCUCAGGCUGAGAGGAAGCUCAUUAUCACCAAAGGAACCUACAAGGCCAAAGAGAUCGCUGCUCCGGAGCUGGAGCCUCUUCACCUGCGAUAUGGUCAAGAGCAGUGGGAGGAGGGCGACCUCUUCGACAAAGAGAAGCAACAGAAACCUCAGUUCAAGAAGAAGCUGACGUCUAUCAGAAUGAAGCGCUUCGGUCCAGCUCAUUUUGAGUGCAGACUGACCCCUAUCGGUGACCCCAACAUGGUGGUGGAGUGGCUGCAUGACGGCAAACCCCUGGAAGCUGCCAACAGGUUGCGCAUGGUCAAUGAAUUUGGUUACUGCAGUCUGGACUAUGAAGUUGCUUAUGCCAGAGAUAGCGGCGUUAUCACCUGCAGAGCCUCGAACAAGUUUGGAGUCGACCAGACCUCGGCCACCUUGAUUGUCAAGGAUGAGAAGGGCCUUGUUGAGGAAACACAGCUUCCUGAAGGCAGGAAGGGAGCACACAGAAUGGACGAGAUCGAGCGCAUAGCUCACGAGGGAGGACCUGCAGGAGUCACCACCGACGACGAAUAUGAGAAGAGCAAACCUGAGAUUGUGCUUCUCCCUGAACCGGCCAGAGUGGUGGAAGGCGACAUUGCUCGAUUCCGCUGCAGAGUGACUGGUUAUCCUGCACCAAAGGUUAACUGGUACCUCAACGGACAACUCAUCCGCAAGAGCAAGAGAUACAGACUUCGCUAUGAUGGUAUUUAUUACUUGGAGAUUGUUGACAUCAAGUCCUAUGACUCAGGAGAGGUAAGGGUGGUUGCAGACAAUCCUCUGGGCACAACUGAGCACACUGUGAAGCUGGAGAUUCAACAGAAGGAGGACUUUAGAUCUGUCCUUCGCCGUGCUCCAGAGCAGAGGGCUGCCGAGCCUUCACACGACCCUGGCAGAGUUGGAUUUGACAUUGUGAAGGCAGAUCGAGCUGCUGAGGCCACACAGGACAGGGAAGUUGUUAAGCUGCGAAAGGCACAGAGAAUUGUUCAUGAGAAAACCUCAGAGGAGUCAGACGAAUUGAAGAGCAAGUUCAAGCGCAGGACAGAGGAAGGUUUCUACGAGUCUAUCUCUGCUGUGGAGUUCAAAUCUCGCAAGAGGGACGACUCCUAUGAGGAUCUGCUGAAGAAGACCAAGGAGGAGCUGCUUCAUCACCUGAAAGAGAAAGAGGAAGCUGAGAGGAAGAAGAUGGAGGAACAGGGCCAGAUCACCAUCCCCACAAUCAAACCUGAGAGGGUCCAGCUCUCUCCCAGCAUGGAAGCCCCCAAGAUCCUGGAACGCAUUACAAGCAAGACCGCUGCUCCGAUGGACGAGGUCCGUUUCAGACUCAGAGUGGUCGGCAGACCAGAACCUGAGUGCCAGUGGUUCAAGAAUGGCAUCCUUGUGGAGAAGACUGACCGCAUUUACUGGUACUGGCCUGAGGAUCAUGUUUGUGAGCUGGUGAUCAGAGAUGUCACUGCAGAAGACUCCGCCAGCAUCAUGGUCAAAGCCAUGAACAUUGCUGGGGAGGCCUCCAGUCACGCCUUCCUGCUUGUGCAAGCCAAGGCAGCAGUAAACUUUACCCAGAACCUGGAGGAUGUCAGUGCGAAUGAAAAGGACACCAUGGUGACCUUUGAGUGUGAAACCAACGAACCUUUCAUCAAAGUCAAAUGGUUCAAGAAUGACAUAGAGAUCUUCUCUGGAGACAAAUACAGAAUGCACUCAGACAGAAAGGUCCACUUCCUGUCUGUCCUGGUGAUUGAAAUGAGGGACGAUGCUGAAUACUCUUGUGUGGUUGUAGAUGAUGAGAGCAUCAGGACGAGCGCGAGGCUCUACGUAGAAGGCGCUCCCCUGGAGCUCGUAAAGCACAUGGAGAACAUCGAGGUGCCAGAGACCUACACUGGAGAGUUUGAGGUUGAACUGUCCCGGGAGGACGCUGAGGGCAGCUGGUUCUUUGGAGACAAGGAGCUCUCGCCCAGCAACAAAUACAUCAUGUCCUCCCGCAGAGGAAGACAAACCCUGUCUGUCAAGGAUGUCAGGAAGGUAGACCAGGGCAAAUAUACCUUUGUCUGUGGAGAUCUGAGGACUAGUGCCUCACUAAAGAUGAAAGUACGCCCAGUGACCUUGAUGCAGCCCUUGACUGACCUCAUUGUGUGUGAGGGUGACAUCGCUCAGCUGGAGGUCAAGUUCUCCCAAGAGAACGUUGAGGGAACCUGGAUGAAAAACGGUCAGGCCAUCUCUGCCUCGGACCGCGUCCACAUCGUAAUUGACAAACAAGUUCACAAGCUGCUGGUGGAGAACGUCAGCAGAGACGAUGCUGCUUCCUACUCUUUCGUGGUUCCUGCCCAAGACAUCUCCACCUCGGGCAAACUCCACGUUCAAACCAUUGACAUUGUGGUGCCACUGAAGGAUGUGUCCGCCAUCGAAGGCACUAAGGCUGUUCUGGAGGCCAAGAUCUCCGCUCAGGACGUCAGCUCGGUCAAAUGGUACCACAACGACAAACUGCUGAUGCCCAGUGACCGAAUCCAGAUGGUGCCAAAGGGAUCCAAGCAGCGCCUGGUCUUCACCAGGACCUUUGCCUCUGAUGAGGGGCGCUACAAACUGGUGGUCGGCAAGGUCGACACCACCUGCAACCUGUCUGUCGAGAAGGUUCACAUUGUGAAGCACAUGGAGGACAAAGUGUGCUCGGAGUCCCAGAACGUCACCUUCAACGUUGAAGUUUCUCACCCCGGUAUCGACCCUUGCUGGACUUUCAAGAACCAGCAGCUCAAACCUGGACCCAAAUACAAGAUGGAAACCAAGGGCAAGGCUCACUCUCUGACGGUCAGUGACACCAUGAAGGACGAGGAGGGCCAGUACAUGUUCCACGCUGGUGAAAAGACAUCCAGCGCCAAGCUGACUGUCUCCGGUGGUGCCAUCACUCGGCCCCUGCAGGACGUGACGGUGGCGGAGUCUCAGUCCGCCGUGCUGGAGUGCGAAGUCGCCAACGCCAACGCUGAGGGCAAGUGGCUGAAGGACGGUCACCACGUCAACUUCAGUGACAACGUGGUGAGCGAGAUGGAUGGCGCCGUCAGACGCCUCGUCAUCAUCAUCACCAGACCGCAGGAUGUCGGAGAGUACACCUACCAGGUGGCCAACUCCAAGACCACCGCCAACCUCAGGGUGGAGGCCGUGAAGAUCAAGAAAACUCUGAAGAACCAGACGGUGACGGAGACCCAGGAGGCCACGUUCACGCUGGAGCUCACCCACCCCGAUGUCAAAGGAUCCCAGUGGAUCAAGAACGGUGUGGAGCUGCAGAACAGCGACAAGUACGAAAUCACCUCAGACGGCAUGGUGCAGACUCUGAAAGUGAAGAAGUGCAACACGCACGACGAGUCUGUUUACUCCUUCAAACUGGGAAAACUGUCCGCCAACGCCAGACUCAACGUGGAGACCAUCAAAAUCGUGAAGAAGAUAAAGGACGUGAAGUCACUGCUGGACAGCACCGCCUCCUUCGAGCUGAGCCUGUCACACGACAACAUCCCCGUCAGGUGGAUGUUUAACGGCGUGGAGCUCAAGCCGAGCGACACGUGUAAGAUCCUGUCAGAGCGCAAAGGUCACAAGCUGAUCCUGCAGAACGUCGACAGCAGCAACGCGGGAGAGUACACGGCCGUGGUCGGACACCUGCAGUGCAGCGCCACGCUCACUGUGGAGGCCCUGCGAGUCACUAAACCCCUGAAGAACGUGGAGGUCCCCGAGACGCAGGUGGCCACGUUCGAGUGUGAGGUUUCUCACUUCAACGUGCCGUCCACGUGGCUGAAGGACGGCGUGGAGAUCGAGAUGAGCGAGAAGUUCAGGAUCGUGGUUCAGGGCAAACUGCACCAGCUGAAGAUCAUGAACACCAGCAGGGACGACUCGGCCGAGUACACCUUCGUCUGCGGGAACGACCGAGUCUCCGCUACGCUCACCGUUAGCCCGGUGAUGAUCACAUCCAUGCUGAAGGACCUGAACGCUCAGGAGAGAGACACCAUCACCUUCGAGGUCACCGUCAACUAUGAGGGCAUCACCUACAAGUGGCUGAAGAACGGCGUGGAGGUCAAGUCGUCCGACAGGUGUCAGGUCCGCAGCCGGCAGCUCACGCACUCGCUCACCAUCCGCAACGUCCACUUUGGGGACGGAGGGGAGUACCAGUUCGUGGCCGGCUCCGCCGCCACCGCUGCCAACCUGUUCGUGGAAGCUCGUGUGAUUGAAUUCACCAAGAAGAUUAAGGACAUCAGGAUCACAGAGAAGAAGAAGGCGAUCUUUGAGUGCGAGGUGUCCGAGCCGAACAUCCAGGUGAUGUGGAUGAAGGACGGUCAGGAGCUGGACAUGUCCGAGGAGAGGUUCGUUGUGACGGCAGAGAAGUUCGUCCACCGUCUCAUGGUGCAGACGGUCCGUAUGACCGACGCCGGAGAGUACGCCGUGGUGGCCGGAUCCAGCGUGUCCAAGGCUCAGCUGAUCGUGGAGGGCCGGGACAUCCGCAUCUCCGAGCUUGCAGAGCGUGAAAUCACAGUUCUGGAGAAACACAGAGCGACCUUCGAGUUCGAGGUGAACGAGGACGACGUGGAGGGCCGCUGGCUGAAGAACGGCGUGGAGAUCCACUUCUCCGUGGAGGAGCGCUUCAACUACGUCACCAUCAGGAAGCUGCACCGCCUCACCAUCUCCGAGACCUACAGGAGCGACGCCGGCGAGUACACCUUCAUCGCCGGCAAGAACCGGAGCACCGUGCACCUGCGGGUCAACCUCCCGGAGCCUCCUCAGAUCCUCCGCCACAUGGAGCCGCAGUCGGUGGAGGCCGGUAAGCCCGCCCGCUUCUCGGUGCAGGUGAGCGGCGUCCCGGCGCCGCAGGUCUUCUGGUACAAGAACUCCCAGGCGCUGUCCCCGGGCUUCAAGUGCAAGUUCCUGCACGACGGCAACGAGCACUCGCUGCUGCUGAUCGAGGUAUUCCCCGAGGACGCCGCCGUCUACAACUGCGAGGCCAAGAACGACUACGGCGCCGCCACCAGCACCGCCCAGCUCAACGUGGAGGUGUCGGAGGUGGUGUCUCCAGACUCGGCUGCGACCGUCGCUCCUCCUGUGGUCAUCUCGCCCAUCGCCAGCACCUCCACCCGCGAGGGAGAGCCGGCGCGCUUCCAGUGCAGAGUCCGCGGAGACGAUGUGAAGAUCAGCUGGUUCUGCGGCGAGAAGGAGAUCAAGCAGUCGGUGUUCUUCAGGAUGUCUCAGUUUGACGACAGCUGUCAGCUGGAGAUCUCCAGGGUCUACCCCGAGGACCAGGGCGAGUACACCUGCGUGGCCACCAACAGCGCUGGGCAGGUGUCCUGCUCCGCCACGCUCACUUUGGACGUGACUCGAGUGAGAGAGGAGAUUGAAGCCAAGAUCGAGCAGGAGGUCAAAGUGCCACCGGUCUUUAGGCAAAAGAUCACACCUCUGGAGAUCAACAUUGGCGGACAGGCCAAGUUCGAAUGUGAAACUGAGGAUGCUCCGGGUGUGACCUUCAAAUGGUACAAGUCCGGCAUUGAGAUCAAGCAAAGCGAGAAGUACAGGAUCAUCAGUCGCCACACCAGUUCCUCCCUGGAGCUCCUGAACCCAGCCAAAGCUGACAGCAGUGAAUAUACCUGCAAGGCUUCAAACCAGCACGGCACUGACAGCUGCACAGCCUCACUCAUCGUAACUGAAAUGUACCCGCCGGUAUUUGUAUCAAAACCAGACCCAAUGACUUUAUAUGUGGGAAAACAAGCUGUGUUCCAGUGCUCGCUCACUGGAUCCUCGCCCAUGGAAGUUGUCUGGCACAAGGACAACAUAGCCAUCUCCUCCGAGGGGAACUAUGUCAUGAAAUGUGAAAAGAACAAGUAUUCACUUUACAUUAAAAGUCUUGAGCUGACUGACCAGGGAGUGUACCUGUGCAAGGCCUCCAACAGUGUUGGCACUGCUACCUUUACCACAGAACUCAGGGUCAUCAGCAAACCCAGCUUUGUUAAAACCAUUGAGCCAGCGUCAGCUGCUGUCAAUGACCCGCUGAGGCUGGAAUGCCAGGUGGACGAGGACACUGGUGUGACCGUCACCUGGACCAGAGAUGGCAAAAAGGUCCACCAGAGCAUGGAUUGUAGAGUGUCCUUUGAGGACAAGGUGGCCGUUGUUGAGAUUCCCAAGUCCAAACUGAAGGACUCUGGGAAAUAUGUGUGCACAGCCUCAAAUGAGGCUGGGAGCUCAUCCUGUGAGGCUGUGAUAACAGUUCAAGAGCCCCCUACCUUUGUUAAGAAACUGGAACCUAAGAUUACAUGGAAACAAGGUAUAGCUGCACGCUUACAGUGCACCGUUAAAGGAUCCCCUGAACUUCACAUCCACUGGUUCUGGAAUGAGAGGGAGCUUGCUGAUGGUGAAAAAUAUAAAAUCUCUUUCAAGAGUGGAGUUGCCUCUUUGGAGAUAAUGAACCUUAUGGUCACAGACAGUGGGCGUUACACAUGUGAGGUGUCGAAUAAUGCCGGUAGUGACAGCUGCAACUCCGUUAUAGCUGUUAAAGAGCCACCAUCCAUUAGAAAAGAGCUGCACACAGUCGAGGCGGUGAAGGGAGCAGCAACCCAUCUGGAGUGUGAGGUCACAGGAACAGCUCCUUUUGAAAUUAGCUGGUUAAAAAAUAAGAAAGCCAUCUCCAGUGAUCAGAAAUAUAAAAUAAUUUCCCAAGAUUCCUUGUCAAGGCUGGAGAUCCAGACUUUUGAAAGUGCAGAUGUAGGAGAUUAUCAGUGUGUCAUCUCCAACGAUGUGGGGAAAGUUACCACUAAGGCCAUGGCUAAACUUAAAGAGCCACCAUCUUUCUCAAAGAGGCUUGAGAGUGCUACAGCAGUGUUGGGAAAUACAGUAAAACUUCAGGGGACCAUCAAGGGCUCGGCUCCCAUCACUGUUAAAUGGAUGAAAGACUCUGAAAUACUGAGAGAUGACGAUUCAAAUAUCAAAAUUGUGUUUGAGAACAACGUUGCUAGCUUGUCGAUAACGACGGUGGCCAUCAGCCAUGGCGGCAAGUAUUUGUGCCAAGCUGAGAAUGAGGCUGGCCAACAGAAAUGUGAAGCUACCUUGAGUGUGCAAGAACCUGCCAGAAUUGUAGAACCUGCAGAGUCCAUUAGUGUGACUGCAGGAGAUUCAGCCACGUUGGAGUGCACAAUUUCUGGAAGCCCAGAGCUCAAAGUGAAGUGGUUUAAAGAUGGAAAGGAGAUGAUCAGUGGCCGUAAAUAUAAGAUGACUCUGAAGGACAAUGUUGCUUCCAUGAAGAUUCUUUCGACAGAAAGAGGAGACACUUCAGAGUACAGGAUGGAGGUGUCGAAUAAAGUCGGGAAAGCAGAGUGCACAUGCUCAGUCACAGUCUUAGAUCGGAUAAUGCCUCCAACUUUCACCAAGUCCCUGAAAAGAGUUGAUGGUAACAUUGGUAAUGACGUCUCCAUGGAUUGUAAAGUGUCAGGGUCCCAACCCAUGAAUAUAGCUUGGUUCAAAGAUGACCGGGAAAUCACGCCUGGAUCCAAAUUCCAGCCUGAAUUCAAAGACAGCUCUGCUACACUGAGAAUUAUUCGGCUGGAAAAGGCCGACUCUGGAGUUUACAAAUGCAGAGCCACCAAUUCAGCCGGCUUUAAGGAAACCAGCGGCACGCUCUAUGUUAAAGAGCCCCCAGUGUUCACAGUGAAACCAGACAGCCAGGACGUUAUUCCAGGAACCACAGUUUCCUUCAAAACAGCCUUCACUGGAACAGCUCCUUUAGCUGUGAAGUGGUUCAGAGAGGAAAAUGAGAUUAUAACUGGAGGCUCAUAUUUCAUUAAGAAAGAUGCCUCUUCAAGCUAUUUGGAGAUUCACUCAGUGAAACCCAGUGACUCCGCAAAAUACACGUGUCAAGUGUCCAAUGAUGCUGGGAAGGUGGACUGCACUCCAGUCCUCUUUGUGAAAGAACCUCCCGUGUUUGUAAGGAAGCUUGAGGCGACCAAGCUCGUCACCAGUGGCGACUCCGCCAAGCUGGAGUGCAAAGUGACGGGCAGUCCCGUCAUCAGUUUUAAAUGGUUAAAGGAUGCGAUGGAGAUCAGCAGCGGUCCAAAAUACAAAAUGUCAGUGACUGACUUAGUGGCGUCUCUGGAAAUAGUUAAAUGUGCCGUGGAGGAUAGUGGAGAUUAUGUCUGUGUGGCGUCCAGCGAGGCUGGUAGUGACCGCUGCAGCAGCACAGUUACAGUCAAAGAGCCGCCAUUGUUUGUGCGUAGCUUGGAGCCCAAAGAUGUGGUGAAAGGUUCUGAGAUGAUGCUGGAGGGUCAAGUCUCUGGUUCUGCCCCCUUCAGUGUGUCUUUUUAUAAAGACACAAAGCUGAUUAGGAAUGACAAGAGACACAGGAUCACUGUUAAAGACGACCUGAUAGCCCUGCAGGUGCUGCUGGUAGAGGCAGCAGAUGUCGGUUUGUACCAGUGUACUGUUGAGAAUGAAGUGGGGAGGGCUUCCUGUGAUUGUCAGGUGACACUCAAAGAACCACCAUCAUUUGUGAAAAAGCUGGAGAACCUCAGUUCCCUGGUGGGCAGCGAGGUUUCACUGCAGUGCACUCUGAAGGGCUCAGAGCCCUUGACUGUGUCCUGGACCAAAGACAACCAUGAGCUGAAAGAGGCUGAAAACAUUCAGAUUACAUACGAGAACAACAUGGCUCUGCUGCACUUUACCAACCUACAGAGCAAACAUGGCGGCAAAUACUCCUGCCAGGCGCAGAAUCAGGCCGGGAGCCAGACUUGCUCUGCUGUGUUGACAGUCAAAGAGCCGGCUAAGGUCACAGAGGAGGCCAAGUCUAUCAGCGUGACUCAGGGGGAUCCGGCCACGCUAGCGGCCAGGUUCUCGGGCACAAAACCACUGAAGGCCAGAUGGCUAAAGGCUGGCAAAGAGCUGACCUCAGGCCAGAGAUACAAAGUCCAGAGCACAGACACCAGCUCUGUGCUCAAGAUUCUUAAAACUGAGAAAAGUGACAGUGGUGACUACAUCUUUGAGGUUUCAAAUGAUGUCGGCCAGAGUUCUUGCGAGGCGACUCUUACCAUUCUUGAUCAAAUAAUUCCACCAUCUUUUACAAGAAAACUGAAGCAGACAGAAGGUAUCAAAGGAUCGUUUGCUCAUCUGGAGUGCUUUGUAUCCGGCUCCCUGCCGAUAACCAUUCAGUGGUACAAAGAUGAGAAAGAGAUCCAGACUGAUGAGAAACACAAAUGCACGUUCUUUGAGAAUGUUGCUUUCCUGGAAAUCUCUAAUCUUGACAGUAAAGACAGCGGCAGCUACACCUGCAUCGCUAAAAACAAGGCGGGAACCGUCCAGUGCUCUGGGAUCUUGUUUGUUAAAGAGCCACCAUGCAUUCUUGAAAAGCCUGAAUCCAUGAAUGUUUUACCUGGCUCAAAGGUCCAGUUUAACGUACUGUUCUCUGGCACACCGCCAUUGACCACCAAAUGGUUUAAAAACAAGAAAGAGAUUUUAUCCAGCGCAGACUGCUCUGUGAUCAAAGACAACACCUCCAGCUCUCUGGAGCUCUUCUUUGCCAAAACCUCAGAUUCUGGAGACUAUGUCUGUGAGAUACACAACGAUGUUGGCUCCACUUCAUGCCAGACCACACUCUUUGUCAAAGAGCCCCCUAAGUUCACACGAACCCCGGCUCGUUUGUCCGUGGUCCGUCCUGGUCAGAGUAAAGUGUUUGAGUGCCAGGUGACCGGCACACCUGAGAUAGACAUCUACUGGUUCAGGGAAGGCUCUGAGAUCAGCCCCAGCGACCGGCACAAGAUGGCCUUUGUUAACUCUGUGGCCACUCUAGAAAUCUGCGGGGCUGAUACCAAAGACAGUGGGCUGUACUACUGUGAGGCACGCAAUGAGGCCGGCAGUGAGAGCUGCAGUAUGGAGCUCAAGGUCAAAGAACCGCCAUCGUUUGUUAGAGAGUUGGCUCCAGCUGAUGUUGUGAAGGGCUCCAGUGCCUGUUUUGAGAGUCAGGUCGCUGGGACUGGUCCUUUUGAGAUAACAUGGCACAAAGAUGCAAAAGAGAUCAAACCCAGUGCCAAACAUGGCUUCUCCCAGAUGAAUGGCACUGUGGGCCUAGAGGUGCACAGGUGUGACACUGUGGAUGUUGGUGAAUAUCAGUGUACCGUUGCUAACGAGGUGGGGAGCUGUACUUGUAAGACUAUGCUUCACCUCAAAGAACCACCAACAUUUACCAAGAAGACUGAGAACUCUGUCACUGUUCUGGGUAAAAAGGCAGAGUUUCAGUGUGUCGUGCAGGGUUCUCCCACUCUCUCUGUACAAUGGAAAAAAGACGAGAACUGGAUUUUGGAGGAUCCAAAGAUUGAGAGAACAUUUGAGAACAAUGUGGCCACUCUCAGGAUUCCUGCCUGUGAGGCAACGCACAGUGGGAAAUACACUUGCCAGGUGGUGAACGAGGCCGGGCAGGAUAAGUGCUUUGCCACCCUAACGGUGCAAGAGCCUCCUAAGAUCACAGAGAAACCUGAAGUGAUAAAGGUUACAGUUGGAGAUCCAGUCAGUCUGGACUGUAAGGUAACGGGCUCACCUGAGCUCAAAGUGAAAUGGAUGAAAGAUGGCAGGGAGCUUCAGUCCAUCAGGCAGCACAAGCUGAUCUUUGAGAACAACAUCAGCAGCCUAAAGGUUCAGUCAGCUCAGAAAGAGGACGAAGGAGAGUAUGUCUUCGAGGUGGCAAACCACAUCAGUAGCUGCACCUGCAAAGUCAAAGUGAUCGUAUUAGAACAAGUAAUUGCCCCAAGCUUCAUCAAACCUCUGGUAGACAUGCAAGAGAUAUUGGGCUCAUUUGUUCAAAUAUGUUGCAAAAUAUCUGGUUCCCUCCCCAUCUCGGUUGAAUGGCAGAAGGAAGGGACCAAAAUCUCAAGUGGUGUAAAGCACAAACUCAUUCAGCAGGACAACUCUGUGUCUAUCGAAAUCGAACAGCUAGAGAGAUCUGAUGCAGGAUCCUACUCUUGCAAACUUACCAACGCGGCAGGAAGCUGUCAGUGCAGCGGAUCCCUCAUGGUUAAAGAACCUCCCAGCUUUAUGACACUGCCUGAGACCCAGGCGGCACUACCCAACAGCACUGUGCGCUUCAAAGGCACAUUUAAGGGAACGCCUCCCUUCACCGUCAAAUGGUUCAAGGACGACACAGAGCUCAUGACCGGGCCUACUUGUUUCACAGGGCAGGAGGGGCUGUCUUGCUUCUUAGAGCUCUACUCAGUGGGUGUCACCCAGAGCGGUGUUUACUCUUGCCAAGUCAGUAACGAUGCUGGCUCUGUGCGCUGUAGUGCAGACUUGACAGUCAAAGAACCACCUGAAUUUGUGCUGAAACUCCCUACCACAAAGUUUGUGAAGCAGGGAGAGUCACUCCGCCUGGAGUGCAAAGUCAGUGGCACAGCCCCUCUUAAAGUGACCUGGUACAAACAUGACACCAAGGUCACGGAUGGGGGCAACUACAGGACAUCAUUUGUUGACUCGUUAGCAGUCCUGGAACUGCUGCGCACCAGCUUUGAUGAUGAUGGAGUUUACACCUGUGAAGCUCAGAAUGAUGCUGGCAGCGUCAGCUGCAGCACCACGUUAUCCGUUAAAGACCCCCCAUCUUUUGUCAAGGUACCUCAGUCCGUUGAGGGACUGAAGGGUAAGGACGUGAGUCUGUACUGCGAGAUGAGCGGUACAGCUCCGUUCCAGAUCACCUGGUUCAAAGACAGGAAACCUCUGAUGGAGAGCAGGAAGUAUAAGAUGGUGGGCGAGGGCAGCUCAGCGACGCUGCAUGUCAUUGGGAUAGAGCCGAUGGACGCCGGCGAAUACGAGUGCAAAGUGUCAAACAGUGUAGGAAGUGACACCUGCCAGACGUUGGUUAAACUCAGAGAGCCGCCGUCGUUUGUGAAGAAACUGUCAAACAUGACAGUGAUAAUGGGAGAGGAGGUGACCCUUGUGGCCACUGUUAAAGGCUCUGAACCCAUUACUGUGUCCUGGGUUCAGGACAAGGAUCACAUUCUCAGGGACGGUGACAACAGGAAAAUCACCUUUGAGAACAACCGGGUCGCUCUUAAAGUGUUUAAGGCUGAUGCAACUACGGCAGGCAAAUACACCUGCCAACUCAGAAACGAUGCUGGGAGUGUGGAGUGUUUCGCUAACUUGACUGUUCUAGAACCUGCCAAGAUUGUGGACAAGCCUGACACUCUGAGCGUGACGGCCGGCGACAUGGCCGCCCUGGAGGUCAAAGUGUGCGGAACCCCAGAGCUCACGCCAAAGUGGUUCAAGGACGGGGUCGAGCUGGCCUCCGGGAGGAAAUACAAAAUCUCAUUUUCACGGAUGAUUUCCAGCCUGAAUGUUCUCUCUGCAGAGAAAGUGGACUCUGGAGAAUAUACGUUUGAGGUUAUGAACGAGGUCGGGAAGGACCUAAGCAAAAUAAAUCUCACCGUCUUAGAUAAGAUCAUCCCGCCGUCGUUUUCCCGAAAGCUGAAGGAUUGUAACGCGGUGGCGGGAGCCGCCGGAGAGAUGGAGUGCAAAGUGUCGGGUUCUCCUCCUUUCACCAUCUUCUGGUACCACGACGGAGAGGAGAUCCAGAGCGGACCCAACCAGGAGCUCUCCUUCAGCAACAACAGCUGCUCGCUGCGAGUGUCCACGCUCAAACUGUCCGACUCCGGAGUCUACAAAUGUAAAGCCGUCAACAAGGCGGGCUCCAGCGAGACCACCGCCGCGCUCAUCGUCAAAGAGCCUCCGUCCUUCGUGGUGCCUCCUCAGCCCGUGGAGGCGAUGCCCGGCUCAGACGUGACCUUCUCGGCCAUGGUGAAAGGCAGCGCGCCGCUCAGACUCAAGUGGUUCAGAGGGGCGAAGGAGAUGGCGAUGGGACGAGAAUGCGACUUCUCCCUCAGAGAUAACCAGGUCCUCCUGACGCUCUUCAGAGUGGACCGAUCCCACGCCGGAGAGUACACCUGCCAGGUCAUCAACGACGCCGGCAAGGAGAGCGCCCCCGUCCACCUCACCGUCAAAGAGCCGGCGGCGUUCUCCAAGAAGCUGAAGGACGUGUCGGUGGAGAAAGGCAAACCGUUGACGCUGGAGUGCACCUACACGGGAACUCCCAAAAUCACAGUGAACUGGUUCAAAGACGGACAGCAGAUCUUCGCCUCCUACAAAUACAACAUCACCACCACGGAGAGCUCCUGCAUCCUCGAGUGUCUGAGCACAGAUGACAAGGAGGCCGCCGGGCGCUACUCCUGCGAGGUGUCCAACGACGCUGGCAAGGACACGUGUGACGCAGCCGUGUCUAUCCUCGAGCCGCCGUAUUUCGUGGAGUCCCUGGAGCCGAUGGAGGUGACGUCGGGCGACGGCGUGUGUCUGAAGUGUCAGGUGGCAGGAACACCGGAGAUCAAGGUGUCGUGGUUCAAGGCGGACGGGAAGGUGCGCUCGAGCCCCACCUGCCGGCUGGAGUACUCGAAGGGCGUGGCCUGUCUGAAGCUCAGCAAAGCAACCAAGGCCGACAUCGGAGAGUACACCUGCAAGGCCGAGAACCGCAUCGGCUCCACCUCCUCCACCUGCAGACUCAACGUGCUCGAGGCCAAAACGCCACCGUCCUUCCCGAAGAAGAUCACCAGCCUGCAGCAAACGGAGGGUCAGCCGGUCCACUUCGAGUGCCGCGUCGCCGGCUCGUCGCCCGUCGAGGUGUCGUGGCUGAAAGACGGCGAGCCCCUGAGGCCGGGAGGCGAGUUCUCCAUGCUGUACGACGACAACACGGCCGUGCUGCAGAUCAACCGCGGCGAGAAGAGGCACUCCGGAGAGUACGCCUGCGUGGCCACCAACAGCGUGGGAACGGCGUCCUGCAGAGCCAAGCUCACCCUGCAAGAGCCCAGAUACGCGCCAGUCUUUGACAGGAAGUUGUCGCCGCAGGAGGUGACUGUGGGCGACAGCAUCGAGCUGGAGUGUCACAUGACCGGCUCCGCCCCCAUUAAAGUCACCUGGUCCAAAGAUCACAAAGACAUCCGCAGCGGCGGGAACUACAAGAUCAGCUGCGUGGACAACACGCCGCACCUGACCAUCCUGAAGGCCGACAAAGGCGACACGGGACGCUACUUCUGCCACGCCUCCAACGACGUGGGCAAGGACUCCUGCUCCUCUGACAUCACCGUCAAAGAGCGAAAGAACCCGCCGGUUUUCACCAAGAAGCCGUCGGAGAACAUGGAGGACCUGGAGGGCAAGCUGGUGAAGAUCGAGGGCCGCGUGUCCGGCUCGCAGCCGAUUUCCGUCAGCUGGUUCAAAGACGACACGGAGAUCAACAGCUCCGACAAAUACGACAUCAGCUUCAAGAGCAACGUGGCCGUGCUGUGCAUCAAGAGCAGCCGCGUGGCCGACAGCGGCAGGUACUCCUGCCACGCCUCCAACGAGGCCGGCGCCGCCUCCUGUGACGUCACCGUGGGAAUCUCAGAGGCCAAGAAGCCUCCGGUGUUCGACGUCCCUCUGAAGCCGCUGACGGUGGACGAGGGCGAGCGGCUGAGCCUCCGCUGUCACGUGUGCGGCUCUCCGCCUCUGAAGGUGCAGUGGAUGAAGGACAGGAAGGACCUGACGUCGGCCGGCAGCACCAGGAUCAGCUUCUCCGACGGGACGGCCUGCCUGGAGAUCAGCUCCGCCUCCCGACACGACGGCGGAGAUUACCUCUGCAAGGCCACCAACGACGCCGGCAGCGAGUUCUGCAAGGCCAGAGUCGCCGUCAAAGAGAAACCAGGAGCAGCUCCGCCUCCCGCUGAAGCUCCCGCCGCCGCUCCAACCAAAAAACUCGACAACCUGUUCUUCAUCGAGGAACCGAAAUCUGCACACAUCACCGAGAAGGGCACCGCCACCUUCAUCGCCAAAGUGGGCGGCGACCCGAUCCCCAGCGUGAAGUGGAUGAAGGGGAAGUGGCGUCAGAUCACGCACGGCGGGCGGAUCUCCAUCGAGCAGAGGGGCCAAGAGUCCAAACUGGAGAUCAGGGAGGUGACCAAGUCCGACUCGGGCCAGUACAGGUGCGUCGCAUCCAACAAGCACGGUGAGAUCGAGUGCAGCGCCGACAUGCACGUGGACGAGAGGAAGGAGGCGGUGCAGCUGGAGGGAGACCUCCGCGCCAAACUCAAGAAGACGCCGUCAAAGCAGAAGAGUCCCAAGGAGGAGAAGGACAUUGACAUCGUGGAGCUGCUGAGGAACGUGGACCCCAAAGAGUACGAGAAGUACGCCCGAAUGUACGGUAUCACCGACUACCGCGGCCUGCUGCAGGCCAUCGAGCAGCUGAAGAAAGAGAAGGCUGAAGAAAGUGGACGACCGGAACUGGAACGUGCAGACAGAGAGUCUGAUGAGGACAUGGCCCGACUGGUGGCCGACCUGCAGAAGAGGAUGGAGCGCACUGAGCCUGUCACGGUAGUGAAGGACAUCGCCGAUCAGUCCGUCUUCACCAACAAGGAGGCGGUGUUUGAGUGCGAGGUCAAGAUCAACUACCCGGAGAUCACCCUGUCCUGGUACAAGGGCACCCAGAAACUGGACACCAGCGACAAGUACGACAUCAGCAUCAGCAGCGACCGCCACCUGCUCAAGAUCAAGAGGUGCCAGGCAUCCGACCAGGGCAACUACCGGGUGGUCUGCGGGCCACACAUCUCCAGCGCCAAACUCACCGUCAUGGAGCCGGAGGUUGAGAAGCACCUGCAGGACACUUCGGGUAAGGAAGGCCAGACAUGCACUCUGUCUUGUCAGUUGUCCAUCCCUAACGUAGAGGCUCAGUGGUAUAAAAACGGAAAGCAGUUAGAGAUGAAGGGCAGGUACUCGUCGGAGGUGAAGCACAAGGUUCAGAAGCUUCUGAUCAGAGACCUGAAAACUGAAGACCAGGGCAGAUACACCUGCCGGUACCAGAACCUGGAGUCCUCGGCCGACCUCUGGGUGGAAGCUGAACAAAUUCAUUUCACCAAACGCAUCCACAACAUCGAAGUCAACGAGCGCCAAUCGGCCACCUUUGAGUGCGAGGUGUCCUUCGACAAUGCUAUCGUUUCGUGGUACAAAGACACCUGGGAACUGAGAGAGAGCCCUAAGUACAACUUCACAAGUGAGGGCCGAAGACAUUUCAUGGUCAUUCGAAACGUGACCAUCGAAGAUGAAGGCGUGUACUCAGUGAUUGUGAGGUUGGAGCCCCGAGGAGAGGCUAAGAGCACGGCUGAGCUUUAUUUGUCUGGCAAAGAAAUUGAAUUAGCAAUGGUUCCCCUCGAUGUCCCAGACUCCUCAGUUCAGAGGCCUGAAGUGCCCUCAUCAGUGGCAAUUCAAGAAUCUGCUGAAUUCUACCAUUAUGAAGAAGAAAUUGAACAUAGAGAAUCAGCUGAAUAUUCUUAUCACUAUGAAGAAGAGAUGGAGGUGGAGCAGAGAGUCGAGUUUGAGAGCUGGACAGAAGAGACGCUAACACAACAGGUGUCCAAAUCCAAAGCUGCCAGAGUUGCCAUUGAGGAAACAGUGGAGACCAAGAAAGUUGCAAUGAGGGAGGAAGUCCCAUCAAAAGUUCCCAAAGCCGAGAAAAAGCCUGAAGAGAGGCCAACACCAGCUGUGAAGGAGCCUUCACCACCCAAAGUACCUGAGGCCAGAAAGCCAGUGGAGGAAAAGGUUGCUGUAGUUUCAGUCCCAGAGAAGAAGGAAGUCCGUGCUCCAAAAGAACCAGAGGAGGUGAAGAAACCAGCUGCUCCUCCCUCAGUGCCUGCUGAGAAGCCAGGAGUGCCAAAGAAAGAUGAGCGCAAGCCUCAGGUGCCAGCUGAGCCCCAAAAAGUGGCGCCUGCGGCUAAGCCCGAACCUGAGGCCAAGCCUAAACCAAAAGCAGAGCCUGAACCAAAGCCAAAGCCUACACCAGCUCCCAAAGCACUACCUGAGGCCAAACCUGCAGCCAAGGUCGAGCCUGAAGCUGUGCCGGUGCCUGUAGAGAAGCCAGUGACACCUCCAUCCAAAGUUCCUGUGAAAGAAAAGGAGUCUCCACCACAAGUCAAAGAGGCACUGGUAAAGCCAUCUGCUCGUCAAGAAGAGAGCAAACCGCCGGCUGCUGCAAAGGUUGAAGAAGCUGCCAAACGGCCUGAGGUCACUGACAAAACCAAGAGGCCAGAGAAGAAAGUUACUCCACAAGAAGAAACUAAGCCAGUGACAAAGCCAAAGCCUGUCCCGAAGGCCGAAGAACCAACCAAGAAAGUAGCAGAAGAAAAGCCAAUCGUGGUAGAAAAGAUAGCUCCUGAGACAGAUGAAACGAAGGGACCUGUCCAAGCACCGGGCGGAGUCAAGAAAGAGGGACAACCAGCAGAAGAAGCAGGAAGAGGUAGAGGUAGAGGGCUGAAACCCAAGCAGACCCCGUCACCUGGAGAAGGUAGGGGCCGGGGUCUGAGGCCCGGCGGAAAAGGCCCGUCACCACCAGAGGAACCCUUCGGAGGAUUCAAGCUCAAAGCCGUCCCCCUGAAGUUUAUCAAGAAGCUUCAGGACAUCGUCCUGAAGGAGGCCGAGUCCAUCGGCUCCUCCGCUGUGUUUGAGUGUGAGGUCUCGCCUUCCACUGCUAUCACCACAUGGAUGAAAGAUGACAGUAACCUGCGCGAAAGCCCCAAGCACAAGUUCACCUCUGACGGCAAAGAUCGCAAGUUGAACAUUAUUGAUGUCCAACUCUCCGACACCGGUGAAUACACUUGUAUAGCCAAGAAUGCUGGCAAGGAAAUAUCAUGCACAGCCAAGCUCAUUGUUGAAGAGCUGCCAGUGAAAUGGCUCAAAGAGCUGGAGGAAGAGACCUCGGCUAUGAAGGGUCAGCCUCUGUAUAUGACCUGUGAGUUGAACAAAGAGAGAGAUGCGAUUUGGAAGAAGAAUGGUGAAGUCCUGAAGAAAAAGGCCGGCAAGGUUCAGAUUAAUAUCAUUGGUAUGCAGCACGCUGUGACCAUCCAGAACUCCACUGAGGAGGACGCUGGGGCCUACUCAUGUGAGGUGUCCGGACAGGAGGAUGUUAAGACGACAACGAAUGUCAAAAUCAUUGAAAUUAUCAAAGAUUGGAUUGUGAAACCACUGAGAGACCAGCAUGUGAAACCAAAGGCUGCUGCUACAUUUAAGUGCGAGCUCUUCAAGGAUACCCCCAACUGGAAGUGGCUCAAAGGAGAGACUGAAGUCACUCCCUCCGACAAGAUUGAGAUCAAGCAGGAUGGAAAGGAGUUGACACUCAUUAUCAAGAACUGUCAGCCAGAUGAUGUAGCAGAAUAUGCCAUGGAGGUGGAAGGACGCCUCUACACUGCCAAACUUACCCUAGGAGAGCGGGAGGCGGAGAUCCUGAAGCCCCUGGCCAGCGUUGAAGUGGUUGAGAAGGAAGAUGCCAUGUUUGAGACGGAGAUCUCUGAGGAUGAUGUUGCAGGAGAAUGGAAGCUCAAAGGAGAGGUUUUGACCAGAUCCCCGACCUGCGACAUUCAAAUGGAGGGUGGGGUGCGUAAACUAACUCUGAAAAACUGCCAGCUGGAUCAGGCCGGAGAAGUGUCCUACCAGGCUCUUAACGCCAUCACCAGCGCAAUGCUCAAUGUCAAAGAAAUCGAAUUGGACUUUGUUGUCCCGCUGAAGGACGUUUCUGUGCCUGAAAAGAAACAGGCUAAGUUUGAAUGCACCAUCACGAAAGAUGUCUCUAAGGUCAUGUGGUAUAGAGAUGCCGACAUCAUCACCCCAGACCAAAAGUAUGACAUCAUCGAUGAUGGAAAGAAGCAUAUGCUGAUAAUAAACUGUUGUGAGUUUGAGGACGAGGACGAAUAUACAAUUGCGGUUGUGGACAAAACUUCUACAGCUCGACUCACAGUGGAGGGUAUCAGGCUCAAAUUUAUCUCGCCACUAAAGGACCAAACUGUAAAGGAAGGCACAACGGCUCGUUUCGAGCUGGAGCUCUCUCACGAGAACAUCCCUGUCACCUGGUACAAGAACGAUGUUAAAAUUCAUCCAAGCAGGACAGUGGUCACGCAUGUGGACGGGAAGAGGCAUGUUCUAGAAAUAAAGGAAGUGACUCUAGAUGAUACUUGCCAAAUCAAGGCAGAGGCCAAAGGAAUUCCUUCCAUGGCCAAUCUGACGGUUAUAGAGGGAGACGCGUACUUCACGGUUAAACUGCAGGACUUUACUGCAGUGGAGAAAGAUGACGUGACUCUCGAUUGCGAGCUCAACAAAGACGUGGAGGUCAUGUGGUACCACAAUGAGACUGAGAUCAAGCCCUCUAAGAUGGUGGCUAUUAAGGCCGAGGGCAAACGCAGAGCCCUCGUCAUCAAGAAAGUUGGAGACAAAGACAAAGGACAAUACGUAUGUGAUUGUGGAACAGACAAGACAACGGCGAUGCUUCACAUCGAAGCUCGCCACAUCAAGGUGGUUCGGCCGAUGUACGGCGUUGAGGUGUUUGAAGGAGAGACCGCUCGAUUUGAGGUGGAGCUUAGUGAGGACGACGUCCACGGCCAGUGGAAACUGAACGGAGAAGUCCUCAGUCCAUCUGCCGACGUUGAGAUCGUGGAGGACGGCGCCAAACACACUCUGGUCUUGUACAACUGCAAAGUGCCGCUAACAGGCGAGGUGGCGUUCACCGCUGCCAACGCCAAGUGUUCUGCUAACCUGAAAGUGAAGGAGGUCCCCGUCUCGUUCAUCACGCCACUGGCUGAUGUUCACGUGUACGAAAAGGACGAGGCGAAGUUUGAGCUGGAAAUUUCUAGAGAGCCUAAAAACUUCCGUUGGCUGAAGGGAACUCAGGAGUUGUCAAACGACGAUAAGUUUGAGCUCCUGCUGGAGGGAAACAGACACACUCUUAUUAUAAAAUCUGCCAGAUAUGAAGACGAAGCCAAAUACAUGUUUGAGGCUGAAGAUAAACGGACGUCUGGAAAGUUGUUUAUCAAAGGUAUUCGCCUCGAAUUUAUCAAGCCGAUUAAAGACGUGACGGUGAAGGAACGUGAAACCGCAGAGUUCAGCGUCGAACUCUCUCACGAAAAGAUUCCGGUGGUGUGGUACAAAAAUGACGUCCGUUUGCACCCCAGCAAGGUGGUGCACAUGUCGGAGCACGGAAAGGUUCACACGCUGGCCUUCAAGGAGGUCACCAUCGACGACACCGCCAUGAUCAAAGUGGAGGCGAUGGGCAAGACCUCAGAGGCCAUGCUCACCGUGCUCGAGGGCGACCUGUAUUUCACAGUCAAGCUCCAAAACUACACCGCCGUCGAGAAAGACGAGGUGACUUUGUCCUGCGAGCUGAGCAAGGCCGCCGGUGAGGUCAAGUGGUUCAAAGACGGUAACGAAAUAUAUCCGUCCAAGAACAUUCUCAUCCAAUCAGACGGCAAGAAGCGCAAACUGGUGAUCAAGAAGGCGGCGAAGAGAGACAUGGGAACGUACACCUGCGACUGUGGCACAGACAAAACCGCAGCCGACCUGAACAUCGAAGAGCGCGACAUCAAGGUUGUCCGCCCGCUGUACAGCGUGGAGGUCACCGAGACCGAGACCGCCAAGUUUGAGACGGAGAUUUCAGAGGAGGACCUCCACGGCACCUGGAAACUGAAGGGAGAGAUGCUCCACCCGUCUCCCGAUGUGGAGAUCAAGGACGAGGGACCUCGACACACGUUGAUCCUCUACAACUGCAAAAUGGACAUGGCCGGAACCGUAGACUUCUCGGCAGCGAACGCCAAAUCCUCAGCUCAGCUCAGGGUCAAAGCCCGGGUCAUCGGCCUGGCACGGCCUCUGAAGGACGUCACCGUGACCGCCGGAGAGACCGCCACCUUCGAGUGCGAGCUGUCCUACGAAGGCAUCGCUGUCGAGUGGUUCCUGGGGGGUACAAAGCUGGAACCGAGCGACAGAGUGGUGUUGAAGUCAGAGGCUAAAGUCCACAGUCUGACCCUAAGGGACGUCCAGCUGAGUGAAGCUGGACAAGUUAAACUCGCCGCCAAGGACUUCCAGACUGACGCUAACCUCAUCGUCAGAGAGCCGCCGGUGGAGUUCACGAAGCCUCUGGAGGACCAGACAGUAGAGGAGGAGGCGACCGCCACGCUCGAGUGCGAGGUGUCCAGAGAAAACGCCGAGGUGCGGUGGUUCAGGGACGGACAGGACAUCAGAAAGACCAAGAAGUAUGAGAUGAUCGUCGACGGCCGCAAGAGAGCGCUGAUCAUCCACGACUGCACGAUGGACGACUCGAGGACGUACACGUGUGACGCCAAAGACUUCAAAACCUCCUGCUUCCUCAGCGUGGAACCUCCACAUGUCGAGUUCUCGAAGCCGCUCCAUGAUGUCGAGGUCCGAGAGAAGGAAUCUGCCAGGUUUGAGUGCGAAGUUUCCAGAGAGGACGUCAAAGUCCGCUGGUUCAAAGAUGGAAGUGAAAUCAGAAAGGGGAAGAAAUACGAAAUUAUCGCUCAAGGUCGCCAACACAUCCUCAUCAUCCACAAGUCAGUGUUUGACGAUGAGGCUGAAUACGAAUGUGACGCAAAGACCUCCAAGUCCUCCGGCAUGCUCACUGUCGUCGAGGAGGAGGCCAGGUUCACCAAGAACCUGUCCAACGUGGAGGGGACGGAGACGGACAGCGUGAAGCUGAUCUGCGAGGUGUCCAAACCCAGCGCCGACGUCACCUGGUACAAAGGAGACGAGGAGCUGCCGGAGGGCGGACGCUACGACCAGAUCGUGGACGGCAAGAGGAGGAUCCUCCUCAUCCAGGACCUGAAGAUGGCUGACGCUGGAGAGUACAACUGCAGGCUGAGUCCCAGCAUCAGGACCUCCGGAAACCUCAAGAUCAACGAGCUGGCGGCCGAGUUCAUCGCCCGUCCUCAGAACCAGGAAGUGGUGGAGGGCGAGAAGGCGGAGUUCACCUGUUCCGUCUCCAAGGAAACCUACGAGGUGAAGUGGCUGAAGGACGACAGGGAGCUGGAGGCCGGAGACAAAUACCAGAUGGUCAGCGACGGCAAGAGACGCACGCUGGUCAUCAAGAACAGCGAGCCCAAAGACGAGGGCGGAUACGUGGUGAUGAUCGGGACGACCAGAGCCAGCGCCGACCUCACCGUGCUCGAGAAACUGAAGAUCAUCACGCCGCUGAAGGACACGGAGGCCAAAGAGGGACAGGAAGUGGUCCUGAACUGCGAGGUGAACACGGAGGGAGCCAAGGCCAAGUGGCUGAGGAAGGACGAGACCAUAUUCGAGAGCAGCAAGUACGUGAUGGUCCAGAGAGACAACGUCUUCUCUCUGAGGAUCAAAGACGCCCAGAAGGGAGACGAGUCCAACUACAGCAUCAACGUGACCAAUCAGAGAGGAGAGCACGCCAAGAGCUCCUGCGACCUCACCGUCAAAGAGGAGAGUCUGAGGAUCGUGGUACCUCUGGAGGACAUGGACACGCAGGAGAAGAAGACCAUCAGCUUCUCCUGUAAGGUCAACAGGCCCAACGCCACCAUCAGCUGGAUGAAGGCGGGCCAGGAGGUGUCCUUCAGCAAGCGCGUGGUCUACAGAGUGGACAAGGACAAGCACACGCUGACCAUCAAGGACUGCACGCUGGCCGACGAGGGCGAGUACACCGCCGUGGCCGGAGACAGCAAGUCCACGGCCGAGCUGAUUAUCAGCGAGGCGCCCACCGACUUCAGCAUGCACCUGAAGGACCAGACCAUCACCGAGUUCGAGGACGCCGAGUUCACCUGCAAGCUGACCAAAGAGAAAGCCGACGCCAAGUGGUACAGAAACGGACGAGAGAUCAGAGAGGGACCGAGAUACGCGUUUGAGAAAGACGGAAAGAUGUGCACGCUGAGGAUCAAAGAGUGCAGACCCGACGAUGAGUGCGAGUACGCCUGCGGCGUGGACGACAAGCGAUCCAGAGCCCGGCUCUUUGUUGAAGAGACGCCGGUGGAGAUCGUCCGGCCGCCGCAGGACGUGUUUGAACCUCCGGGCUCGGACGUGGUGUUCGAGGUGGAGCUGAACAAAGACAGACAGGAAGUGAGGUGGCUGAGGAACAACAUGACGGUGGUUCAGGGAGACAAAUACCAGAUGAUGAGCGAGGGAAAGAUCCACAGACUGCAGGUGUGUGAGAUCAGACCGCGAGAUCAGGGCGAGUACAGAGUCAUCGUCAAGGACAAAGAUGCCAAGGCCAAGCUGGAGCUGGCAGCGGUGCCUCAGAUAAAGACCACAGACCAGACGUACGUCACGGAUGCCAGGAAGCCCAUCGUCAUGGCCGUCCCCUACAGCGCCUACCCGCAGGCCGAGGCCGACUGGCUGUACAACAACCUGAGUCUGCCCAAAGACAACAUCCACACGUCCGCAGACCGCACCGAGUACCGCCUCAAGGACCCCAUGAAGGCCGACGAGGGCCGCUACAAGGUCAUCAUCAAGAACAAACACGGGCAGGGAGAGGCCUUCAUCAACCUGGAGGUCAUCGACGUCCCUGGACCCGUGAAGAACCUGCAGGUGAUCGACACCGCCGAUGGCGAGGUCAGCCUGGCGUGGGAGGAGCCUGAGAGCGAUGGCGGCAGCAAGGUCAUCGCGUAUGUUGUGGAGAGACGCGACGUGAAGCGUAAGACCUGGACGCUGGCCACCGACCACGCCGACAGUCCAGAGUACACUGUGACCGGACUCCAGAAGGACUCCAUGUACCUGUUCAGAGUCUGCGCCCGAAACCGGGUCGGCAGCGGCCCCAACGUAGAGACCGACAAACCCGUACAGGCCAAGAACAAGUUUGACGUUCCCGAAGCUCCUCUGAACGUGAUCGUCGGAAACGUCAGCAAGUUCGGCUGCACCGUCUCCUGGGAGCCUCCCGUGUCAGACGGAGGCUCUCCCAUCACCUCCUACGUCGUCGAGCUGCGCGACAGGACGUCCGUGAAGUGGACGCCCGUCCAGGUGACCAAAGCCGACGAGCUCAGCGCCAUCAUCAACGACGUCAUCGAGAACAAAGAGUACAUCUUCAGAGUCAAAGCUCAGAACAAAGCCGGCGACGGCAAACCCAGCGCCGCCUCGCCGCCCGUCAAGAUCAUGGACCCCAUCGAACGUCCCAGUCCCCCCCUGAACCUGAACUGGGAGGACCAGAACAAGAACUCGGUGCAGCUGACCUGGGAGACUCCUCUGAAGAACGGAGGCAGCAUGAUCACCGGAUACAUCGUCGAACGCAACGAGGACGGCGCCGACAAGUGGCUGCGCUGCAACGCCCGCCUCUGCCCCGACCUCUUCUACAAGGUUUGUGGCCUGAAAUAUGGAACCAAGUACAACUACAGAGUGUUCGCUGAAAACGCCGCCGGAGUCUCCGACCCGUCGAACAUCAUCGGACCUCUGCUGGCCGACGACACACACGUCGGUCCGACCUUUGACCUGAGCGCCUUCAAAGACGGCCUGGAGGUCAUCGUCCCCCAGCCGCUCACCAUCAGAGUCCCCAUCACCGGAUACCCGACUCCCGUCGCCAAGUGGACCUUCGGAGAGAAGGAGCUGUCCACUGCCGACGAGCGCGUCACCAUGACGACCAAAGCCGCGUUCACAGAACUGAUCGUCACGCCGAGCGUCCGGCCGGACAAAGGCACCUACACGCUGCAGCUGGAGAACGACGUCACGUCCGUCACCGGAGACAUCGAGGUCAACGUCAUCGCGGCGCCCAGCGCUCCCAAGGACUUUAAGGUCCUGGAGGUGACGCGGCAGCACGUCCACCUGAGCUGGGAGCCUCCGGAGCACGACGGAGGAAGUCCUCUGACCGGCUACCAGGUGGAGAAACGGGACAUGACCCGCAAGACCUGGGUCAAGGUGAUCACAGGUAUCCAGGACACAGAGUUCACCGUCACCGACGUCAUCGAAGGGAAGGAGUACCUGUUCAGAGUCACCGCCUGCAACAAGUGCGGCCCCGGAGAGCCGGCGUACAUCGACGAGCCCGUCAACGUCUCCUCUCCCGCCACCAUCCCCGACCCUCCGGAGAACCUGAGGUGGAGAGACAAGUCCGCCAGCGGCAUCUUCCUGACCUGGGAGCCUCCGAAGUACGACGGCGGCAGCGGCAUCCGCGGCUACAACGUGGAGCGCUGCCAGCGAGGGACGGACAAGUGGGAGCCCUGCGGGGACAUGCUGCCCGAGCUCAAGUGCCAGGUGACGGGUCUGAUCGAGGGCCAGUGGUACGCCUACAGGGUCCGCGCCCUGAACCGCCUCGGAGCCAGCCGGCCCUGCAAGGCCACCGACGAGAUCCAGGCCAUCGACCCCAAAGAGCCUCCAGAGAUCCAGCUGGACGUCAAGCUGCUCGCCGGUCUGACCGCCAAGGGCGGCAGCAAGAUCGAGCUCCCCGCCGAGGUGAAGGGUAAACCUGAGCCCCGGGUGAAGUGGACCAAAGCGGACCUGGUCCUCCAACCGGACGACAGGGUGUCCAUCGACACCAAGCCGGGACACUCCACCGUCACCAUCGCCAAGACCAGGAGGGACGACAGCUCCACCUACAUCAUCGAGGCCACCAACAGCAGCGGCCGCGCCACCGCCACCGUCGACGUCAACAUCCUCGAUAAGCCCGGUCCUCCAGCCGCCUUCGACAUCUCUGAGAUCACCAACGAGUCCUGCUUCCUGGCCUGGAACCCUCCGCGCGACGACGGCGGCUCCAGAGUCACCAACUACAUCGUGGAGCGCCGCGCCACCGACAGCGAGAUCUGGCACCGCCUGUCCUCCACCAUCAAACAGACCACCUACAGAGCCGUGGACCUGGUCAAGUUCAAGGAGUACAUCUUCAGAGUCUUCGCCGAGAACCAGUUUGGUGUCGGCCCGCCGGCAGAGCACCCGUCCAUCAUCGCCAGAUACCCCUUCGACACUCCCGGAGCUCCUUACAAGCUGGAGGCUUCGGACAUCGCGAAGGACGGCCUGACGCUGGCGUGGUACGAGCCUGAUGAGGACGGAGGCAGCCCCAUCACGGGCUACUGGGUGGAGCGGUACGAGCCCGACCACGACCGCUGGAUCAGGUGCAACAAGGUGCCCGUCAAAGACACCAACUACAGAGUUAAAGGUCUUCCAACAAGGAAGAAGUACAAGUUCAGAGUCCUGGCUGAGAAUCUGGCUGGAACUGGAAAACCCAGCAAGGAGACGGACCAGAUCCUCGUCAAAGAUCCUAUCGAUCCUCCGUGGCCGCCCGGGAAACCCACAGUCAAGGACGUGGCCAAGACUUCCUGCUUCCUGAUGUGGACCAAACCGGAGCACGACGGCGGGGCCAAAAUUGAAGGCUACGUCAUCGAGAUGCUGAAGAGCGGCACCGUGGACUGGAUCCGCGUGGUGGACAACGUCAGCAUGCUGGAGCACUUCCUCAAGGGCCUGAUGGAGAAGCAGGAGUACUCCUUCAGAGUGCGCGCCGUCAACGUGGCCGGAGAGAGCGAGCCCAGCGAGCCCAGCGACCCCGUCCUCUGCAAGGAGAGACUCAACCCUCCCUCGGCUCCUCGCUGGCUGGAGGUCGUAAACAUCUGCAGGAGCAGCGCCGACCUGAAGUGGACGGCGCCGGAGCGCGACGGAGGCUCACGCAUCACCAACUACAUCGUGGAAAAACGUGACGCCAGGCGUAAAGGCUGGCAGGCCGUCGACACCACCGUGAAGGAGCUCAAGUACACCGUGUCACCGCUCAACGACGGAUCGCUCUACGUGUUCCGCGUCGCCGCUGAGAACGCUGUCGGCGUGGGACCGUUCUGCGAGCUGGAGGACUCUGUGCUCGCCAAAGACACUUUCACAACUCCCGGUCCGCCGUAUGCCCUCACCGUCAAUGCCGUCACCCAGAGAUACGUGGACCUGCAGUGGGAGGAGCCUAAAAACGACGGAGGCAGACCCAUCCUCAAGUACGUCAUUGAGAAGAAGGAGAAGCUGGGGACACGCUGGGUGAAAUGCGGAAAGACUUCAGGUCCAGAUUGUAAAUACAGAGUGACGGACGUCAUCGAGGGGACCGAGGUUCAGUUCCAGGUCUGCGCCGAGAACGAGGCCGGCGUCGGUCACCCGAGCGAGCCCACGGAGAUCCUCACCAUCGAGGACCCCACAGGUGUCCCCUCGCCGCCCAUCGAGCUGCACGUCACCGGAGCCAGCCGGGACUUCCUGUCCAUCGCCUGGAAGCCCCCGCAAAGAGACGGCGGCUGCCCCAUCACCGGGUACCACAUCGAGAUGUGCGAGGCCGGCACCGAGAAGUGGAUGAGGGUGAACUCGCGUCCGGUGAAGGAGCUCAAGUACCGCGUGGAGGAGGGCGUGGUCCCCGAGAAGGAGUACAUCCUGAGAGUGAGGGCCAUCAACUCUGUGGGCAUCAGUGAGCCGUCCGACAUCUCCGAGAACGUCUUCGCUCAAGAGUCCGACUGUAACCCGACGCUGGAGUUCCAGACCCUGGACCUGGUCGUCGUGGAGACGGAGAAGCUGCACAUCCCCGUUCCCUUCAGAGCCGUCCCGUCGCCCAGGGUCACCUGGCACAAAGACGGCAAGGAGCUGAAGGCCGACGAGCGCCUCGGCUUCAGGUCAGACUACACUUCCUGUCACCUGGAGAUCGACAGCAGCCUGCACGCAGACGCCGGACAGUACAAAAUCACCCUUGAGAACAAACUGGGCGCCGCCAGCGCCACCAUCAACGUCAAAGUCAUCGGUCUUCCUGGUCCCUGUAAGGAGAUCGUGGCGUCUGAGAUCACAAAGAGCUCCUGCAAAGUGUCCUGGGAUCUCCCAGACUACGACGGCGGCAGCCCCAUCAUUCACUACGUCCUGCAGCGCCGUGAGGCCGGCAGGAGGACGUACGUCAACAUGAUGUCCGGAGAGAACAAGGUGAGCUGGAACGUCAAAGACCUGAUCCCCAACGGAGAGUACUACUUCAGAGUCCAGGCCGUCAACAAGAUUGGCGGAGGAGAGUUCAUCGAGCUGCGUAACCCCGUCAUCGCCGAGGACCAGAAACACGUCCCCGACCCGCCGGUAGACGUGGAGACGCACAACCCAACAUCCAGCACCGUCACGCUGACCUGGAAGCCCCCGAUGUACGACGGCGGCUCCAAGAUCAUGGGCUACGUCCUGGAGAAGCAGAUGAAGGGCGGCGACAAGUGGGAGCGCUGCAACGACUUCCUGGUGCCCGUCCUGUCCUACACUGUCCGAGGACUCACCGAGGGCAAGAACUACACCUUCAGAGUCAAAGCCGAGAACGCCGCCGGGCUCAGCGAGCCGUCACGCAACACGCCAUUCGUCAAGAUCUCUGACGCCGUCAGCGCUCCGAAGGUGUUCCUGAGCGGCAGCCUGCAGUCCGGCCUCAGCGUGAAGCGCGGCUGCGAGAUCUGCCUGGACGCCAACAUCUCCGGCUCGCCGUACCCCGAGAUCACCUGGUACUGGAACAACCAGGUGAUCCGACCCGAGCCGCUGCGCAAGCGGCCCGACAAACCCCUGAGGAAGAAGGUGGAGAAGAAAGAGGAGGAGAAGAAGGAGGAGGUGAAGAAGGAGGGAGAGGCCGAGAAGAAGGAGGGAGAGGAGAAAAAAGAGGAGGAGAAGAAGGAGGAGGAGAAGAGGGAGGGCGCGCCGGAGCCUGAGGUGGAGGAGUUCGACUACCCGACCAUCAAUGAGCGUCUGACCAUCAACAACAGCCGCAGGGGCGUGUCCUCCGUCAUCAUCAGGGACUCGUACCGCGCCGACCACGGCGUCUACAUGGUGAAGGUGGAGAACGACCACGGCAGAGCCUCGGCCACCUGCGAGGUCAACGUGCUCGAUGCUCCCGGGCCUCCGGUCAACUUGAGGUUUGAGGAGGUGAGGAAGAACUCCGCGAUCUGUAAGUGGGAUCCUCCGCUGGAUGACGGCGGCAGCGAGAUCCUCAACUACACGCUGGAGCAGAAGGACAACUCCAAGCUGGAGAUCGGCUGGAGCUGCGUCACCGCCACGCUGAGGGGCUGCCGCUUCCUGGUGCCCAAACUCAUCGAGAAGAAGGAGUACCUGUUCAGGGUCAGAGCCGAGAACAAGUACGGCGGCGGGCCCUACUGCGUCUCCAAACCGCUCAUCGCCAAGAAUCCUUUCGAACCUCCCGAGGCUCCUGAUAAGCCAGAGAUUGAUGACGUCACAGCCAACAGCAUGCUGGUCAUCUGGACCCCGCCCAACGACAACGGCAGCCCAAUCCUCGGGUACUGGGUGGAGCGCCGCGAGAUCAACAGCUCGCACUGGACACGUGUCAACAGGAACAUGGUGCCGAACGCCGAGCUGAACGUCGAAGGUCUAAUGGAGGGGCUGACCUACAUCUUCAGGGUGGCGGCCGAAAACCAGGCCGGCCCCGGAAAGUUCAGCCCCCCCUCCGAACCCAAGAUGGCCCAGUCUCCGAUCCUGCCUCCUGGACCUCCUAUUGCUCGAGUUGCGUCGACCACCGAUCACUCCAUCGACGUAGAGUGGGACCCGCCGGCCGACAACGGUGGAGGAGAGAUCCUGGGAUAUCACGUGGACAAGGCCAUGGCUGGUUCUAAGGACUGGUCCAGGUGUACAGAGCGCACCUGGAAGACUCGCGCCUUCACCGUCUACGGAGUCCGUGAGGGAGCCAAGUACCUGGUCAGAGUCAUCGCCUGCAACGCUGCCGGAGAAGGAACGCCAGGAUUCACAGAGUCUGUGAUCGUCAAGAAUCCUGCUGAGAAACCGGUGAUUGAAAUGGAUCUGGCCAUCAAGAGCGGCGUGAUCAUCCGAGCGGGAGAGAACCUGCUGCUGCCGGCUACAGUCACAGGGAAACCCUACCCGUCUAUCUCCUGGACCAUCAAUGACAGCAAACCUGACAAAGACCGCGUAGAGUUCCUCACUGAGGGCAAUGACAGCAUCGUCUCCAUCCCGAACAUCCAGAGGAAGGAGUGCGGCAAAUACACCAUCACCGCCUGCAACCCCAGCGGCAUCAAGCAUGCCUCCACCAGAGUAGAGGUCAUGGAUGUCCCCGGACUCGUCACCGACCUGAAGCCUGUCGUCGUCACUCGCAAGAUGAUCUUCCUGAACUGGGACGACCCUGUGGACGACGGAGGCAGCGACCUGACCGGCUUCAUCGUGGAGCGCAAAGACGGCAAGAUGCACACGUGGAGGCAGCCCGUUGAAACCACCUCAUCCAAGUGCGAGUGCGUGGGCAUCGUGGAGGGACAGGAGUACAUGUUCCGCGUCAUGGCCAAGAACAAGUACGGCGUGGGACCAGCCGUAGAGCUGGGACCCCUCUUGGCUAUCGACCCACAGGGUCCACCCUCGUACCCUGAGAAGUUCCGCUACACGGAGCGUACCAAGGACUCCGUCACCCUAACCUGGAAGCCGCCUCGUAACGACGGCGGCAGCCCUGUCAUCGGAUACUUUGUGGAGAAGAAGCGGCAGGACCAGCAGGCCUUCGAGCCCUGCAACACGGAGAUCUGCCCCGACAUGACCAUGACCGUUCAGGGCCUGGAGGAUGCCUGGAUGUACGAGUUCAGGAUCAAGUGUACCAACCUCAUCGGAGAGAGCGAGCCAUCCAUCCCGCUCACUGUGGUCAUCAUGGAUGACGAAGUCCCUCCUGAGGUCCACAUGCUGACACACUUCAAGGGCGACUCCAUCACCGUGAGGAAGGGCGAGCCCAUUGACAUCCCCGCUGACAUCAUUGGCCUCCCCAUCCCCAAGAUCGAGUGGACCAAAGACGACGUGCUGAUUGACAAGCCCACAGACGCCUUGCUGAUCGACACGCAGGUGACCGGCAGGUUGAAUGCCAAGACCGCACUGUCCAUCCCCGCGGCCAACAGGAGGGACCGCGGCAGCUACACCGUGACCGCCUCCAACAACAUGGGCUCGGCCAAACACACCAUCUACGUAAUGGUGCUGGACCGACCACUUCCUCCCCGGAACGUGACGGUGUCCAACAUCAGGGCGGAGUGUUGCUACCUCCACUGGGAUCCUCCGCUGGAUAACGGCGGCAGCGAGCUCACCAACUACAUCAUCGAGAAGAAGGAAGUGAGGACGGAGGAGCCGGAGGUGGAGGAGGGACAGGAGGCUCCAGCUGAACCUCAGUGGGAGGAAGUCACCAACAGCAUCAUCGAGAGGAAAUACGGGGUGUGGAACCUGGAGACCAACAAGACUUACCUGUUCCGGGUCAGAGCUGAGAACCGUUACGGUAAAUCCGACCCCUGCGGGACGGAGGAGGUCCUGAUCACGGAUCCGUUCGGUCUUCCCGGACCACCAGAGAAGCCAACCAUUGCCGAGUACUCCAAGACCUCCAUGAUCCUGACCUGGGAGCCUCCCAGAGACACCGGCGGCUCCAUGAUCAUCGGCUACUGGCUGGAGAAGAGGGAGAGAGGAACGGCCUACUGGGCCAAAGUCAACAAGGUGCCCAUCACCAAGAGGGGCACGAAGGGCUGGGAGUACCAGGUGACUCGUCUGAUCGAAGGAACAGAGUACGAGUUCAGAGUCGCUGCCUGCAACUCUGCAGGAACCGGACCGUUCAGCGGACCGUCCGACUCGGCCUUCGCUGUCGAUCCAAUCACUCCUCCCAGCAUGCCCGCUGCUCCUGUGGUGGCCGAUAAGACGAACCACAACGUGACGCUCACCUGGAAGCCGCCAGAGAGGGACGGAGGAAGUCCCAUCAAGGGUUACAUUAUCCAGAUCCAGGACGAGGGCAAGUCAGACUGGGUGAGGGUGAACGACCCCGACACCCUCCACACCACCACCCAGUUCACUGUGCCCAGCCUCCGCGAGCUCAAACGCUACCGCUUCAGGAUCAUCGCCGUCAACGACAUCGGCGAGUCUGACCCCAGCCCCCGGACCAGCGAGGUCCUGAUCGAGGACGUCCAGCUUCCUCCGUCCAUCUCCAUCGACAUGGUGGUCGAGGACCUGCUCUGCAUCCGAGCUGGAGAUCCAAUCAGGAUCCCCGCCACCAUCAAGGGCCGCCCCGUCCCCAAGGUCACCUGGGACUUUGAUGGCAAAGCCAAGGCACACAAGAAGAACAAACUGCACACGCUGCCCGUCGACUCGGAGGUCGAGUCCACAGACACCACGUCCGUCGUGACCGUCCCCGUCAGUCUGAGGACCCACUCCGGACGCUACACCAUCACCGCCAAGAACAAGUCGGGACAGAAACACGUCAACGUGCGAGUCAUCGUCCUCGAUGUCCCCGGACCUCCGAAGGAGCUGAGGAUCACUGACAUCACGCGCUCCACCAUGAGGCUGAUCUGGAAACUCCCCGACACCGACGGAGGAGAGAGAAUCAAGAGCUACUUCAUCGAGAAGAAAAGUCUCACUGACAAGGCCUGGACCAAGGUGAAUGCGGCCUGUGCCAGUCAGGCAUACGUGGUACCGGGCCUGCUGGAGGGUCAAGACUACCAGUUCAGGGUCCGGGCUGAGAACAGACUGGGAUUCGGUCCUUUCACCAUCACCACCGACCCGGUCCGGGCCAGAGACCCCAUCUUCCCCCCCGACCCCCCCACCAAGCUGAAGGUCAACCUGGUGACGAAGACCACGGUGACGCUGAGCUGGGAGCCUCCCAAAAACAACGGCGGCUCUCCGGUGAAGCAUUACAUCAUCGAGCGUCUGAGCUGGGACACCAGCGGGAAGGAGAAGGAGACGUGGAAGCAGUGCAACAAGAGAGACGUGGAGGAGCUCAGCUUCGUGGUGGAGGACCUGAAGGAGGGAGGAGAAUACGAGUUCAGAGUAAAGGCCGUGAACGCUGCUGGACCGAGCCGACCCUCCGCCACCGUCGGACCAAUGGUCAUCAAGGAUCAGACAUGUGCUCCAACCAUCACGCUGCGUGAGGCCAUGGAAGGCGAGGAGGGCUGUGACGUCAGCAUCGUGGCGAAGGUGAGCGGCUGCCCGUUCCCCACGCUCACCUGGCACAAAGCCAGCGUGGCCAAACCUGAGGAGAAGGCCGCCGUCCAGUACGACCAGCACAUGAACAAACUGGUGACGCAGGACAAGUGCACACUGCUGAUCCAGCAGGCCAGCAGGCACGACAGCGCCCUCUACAGCCUGACCGCCACCAACAGCCUGGGCACCGCCACCAAAACCAUCAAGCUCGCCGUGCUCGGACCUCCCAGUGCUCCCAUCGGACCCAUCAAGUUCACAGAGGUGUUUGCUGAGAGGAUCGGCCUGUCCUGGAACCCGCCCACAGACGACGGCGGGUCCAAGAUCACCAACUACGUGGUGGAGAAGCGCGAGGAAAACAGGAAGUCCUGGGUCCAUGUCUCCAAUGACCCCAAGGAGUGCGCCUACGUCGUGACCCGGCUGACGGAGAACCACGAGUACGAGUUCCGAGUCAUGGCCCAGAACAAGUUCGGUGUUGGCCCGCCGCUGAUGAGUGAGCCAGAGAAAGCCCGAAACCUCUUCACUGUCCCUGGUCAGUGUGAGAAGCCGACGGUGACGGAUGUCUGCGUGGAGUCCAUGAAGGUCAGCUGGGACGAGCCCAAGUACGACGGCGGCUCCCCCAUCACCGGAUACUACGUGGAGAAGAAGGAGACGACUGCAAAGCGCUGGGUCCGUGUCCUCCGCGAGCCAAUCAGAGCGCUGCCUCUGGGCAACAACUGGCAUGUCACCGGCCUGCAGGAGGGCGCCUCCUACCAGUUCAGGGUCAUCGCUGUCAACGCCGCCGGCUGCGGCCUGCCCAGCGUGCCCUCUGACCCCAUACUCUGCAGAGACCCCAUCAAGCCUCCCGGGCCGCCCAUUCCCAAAGUGACGGACUGGACCAAGUCUACGGUCGAGCUGGAGUGGAUCCCUCCACUGGCGGACGGAGGGUCAAAGGUCACCGGGUACAUUGCCGAGUUCAAGGAGGUUAACAAGGAGGAGGAAGAGAAGAAGGCUCAGAGGAGGCUGCUGCUGAGUGGCGCCGAGGAGGAGGAGAAGGAGCCCGAGAGCGAGGAGAGCUGGCAGAAGGCGAAAGACACCGAGAUCAGAGGGACCAAGUUCGUGGUUCCUGGUCUGAAGGAGGGCGGUCUGUACCGCUUCAGAGUCCGAGCUGUGAAUGCCGCUGGAGUCGGAGAGCCGGGAUACGUGUCGGAGCUCAUCGAGACCAAAGACAGAACCAUUCCUCCGGAGAUGGACCUGGACGCCUCUGUGAAGGAGAAGAUCGUGGUCCACGCCGGCGGCACCAUCCGCAUCAUCGCCUAUGUGUCGGGUAAACCCGCCCCGCAGAUCUCAUGGUGCCGCGACGACGCCGAGGUGCCCAAAGAGGCCGCGGUGGAGAAGACAGGCAUCUCCAACUCGCUGGUCAUCAAGAACUGCAAACGCCAACACCAGGGCAUCUACACGCUGAGCGCUAAAAACGAGGGUGGCGAGAGGAAGAAGGCCGUCAUCGUGGAGGUGCUCGACGUCCCCGGACCCGUCGGCCAACCCUUCGCCGGCGAGAAUCUGACCAACGACUCCUGCAAGCUGACCUGGUACUCCCCCGAGGACGACGGCGGCUCGGCCAUCACCAACUACAUAAUCGAGAAGAGGGAGGCAGACCGCAUGGGCUGGACGUCGGUGUCCUACACGGUGACCCGGAACAACGCCGUGGUGCAGGGACUCAUCGACGGGAAGGGCUACUUCUUCAGGAUCGCCGCCGAGAACAUCAUCGGCAUGGGACCGUUCAUCGAAACCGACAAGAUGGUUCUCAUCAAGGACCCCAUCUCUGUCCCUGAGCGUCCAGAGGACCUGCACAUCACCGCCGUCACCAAGGAAUCCCUGUCGGUCGCCUGGAGACCGCCCAAAUACGAUGGCGGCGCCGAGGUGACGGAGUACAUCCUGGAGUCCCGCAUGGUCGGCAAGGACAGCUUCACCCGCGUGGGUGGAGACACCAAGCUGAUGGACAGGAAGUUCACCCUGACGGGGCUUAAGGACGGCUCGAGCCACGAGUUCAGAGUCUCUGCCGUCAACCAGGUGGGACGGGGCAAACCGUCCUUCGCCACCAAACCCGUCCAGUGCAAGGACGAGCUGGAACCGCCAAACCUGGACCUGGACUUCAGGGACAAGAUGAUGGUGAAGGUGGGAGACGCCUGCAUGCUGUCGGGACGCUACAGCGGCAAACCGGCCCCGACUAUCACCUGGAAGAAGAACGAGGAGGAGCUGAAGGCCGACGAUGACAUCAGCCUCCACAGCACCACGCGCCAUCUCAGCCUCAACAUCGCCCACACCAAGAGGGACCACAGCGGCCUCUACGCCGUCAGCGUGGACAACGCCGCCGGCUCCCGCUCUGGACUCUGCACCCUCACCGUGGUCGACCGUCCUCAGCCUCCGGAGGGCCCCGUGGUCUUCAACGAGGUCUACAGGAACUACAUGGUGGUCUCCUGGAACCCCCCGCUGGACGACGGAGGCUGCGCCGUCUCCAACUACAUCAUCGAGAAGAGAGACACCAACAGAGACCUGUGGAUGCCCGUCACCGCCUCCUGCACCAGGACCACCUGCAGGGUGCCGAAGCUGAUCGAGGGUCGUGAGUACAUCAUCAGGAUCAUGGCUCAGAACAUCUACGGCAUCAGUGAGCCGCUGCUGUCUGCAGAGAUGAAGGCCAGAGACGUCUUCAAGGUGCCUGACGCUCCCAAACAGCCCACAGUGAAGGAGGUUUAUCACGACUCGGCCCUCAUCAGCUGGGAGCCUCCUGCUGACGGAGGAAAACCAAUCACAGGCUACAUUGUGGAGAGGAAGGAGACCAUGGCCAAGAGGUGGGUUCGCUGCAACACGGACCGGAUCUACCCGAAGGUGGAGUACUGGGUGACGGAGCUGCUGCAGGGCUGCGAGUACGAGUUCAGAGUCAGCGCUGAGAACGUGGUCGGCGCCGGAGACCCGAGCCCGCCGUCCAAACCCGUCUUCUCCAAAGACCCCAUCGUGAAACCCGGCCCACCCGUCAACCUCCAGGCCAUCGACUUCACCAAGGAGUCGGUGACGCUGUCCUGGCAGCCGCCCACUGACACCGGCAGAGGGAAGAUCUUCGGAUACCUGCUGGAGUUCCAGAAGGCCGGAGAGGAGGAGUGGCUGCAGGUGAACCAGACUCCGGACUCCUGCCAGGAGACCAAGUUUAAGGUGAUCGGCCUGGACGAAGGCGCUCUGUACCGCUUCAGAGUCAUGGCCGUCAAUGCCGCCGGAGUGUCCGACCCCGCCAACCUCACGGAGCCAAUCAGAGUGCAGGACAGACUUGAGCCCCCAGAGCUCAUUCUGGACGCCGCCAUGACCCGCGAGGUGAGGGCGAUGGCCGGCACCCACAUCACUCUGAUGGCCGCCAUCAAGGGCGUGCCAUUCCCCACCGUCACCUGGAAGAAGAACGACGCCGAGGUCCCCACCAGGGCCGACAUCGAGACCAACCAGGCCGGCACCAAGCUGGAGAUGAGGUUCUGUCACCGCGGAGACUGCGGAGACUACACGCUCACCGUGGAGAACCCGGCCGGCUCCAAGACCGCCAUCUGCACCGUGCUGGUGCUCGACAAACCGGGUCCCGUCCAGCACCUGCGGGUGUCUGACGUCAGGAGCGACUCCGCCUACCUGUCCUGGAAGGACCCGGAGGACAACGGCGGCAGUCGCAUCACCAACUUCGUGGUGGAGAAGAAGGACACGGCGUCCACUCAGUGGGUCCCCGUCUGCUCCACGUCCAAGAAGCGCAGCAUGACGCUGAAGUACCUGAUGGAGGGCACUUCCUACACCUUCAGGGUCGCUGCCGAGAACGUGUACGGCCGCAGCGGAUAUCGCGAGACGCCAAAGCCCAUCAAGGCCAUGAACCCGCUCUUCCCUCCUGGUCCUCCCAAAGACCUGCACCACAGCGACGUGGACAAAACCGAGGUGUGGCUGGUCUGGAACUGGCCCGACCGCAACGGAGGAAGUGAGAUCACCGGCUUCCUGGUGGAGUAUCAGGAGGAGGGAGAGAAGGAGUGGGACGAGUGGAAGGUCGUGAGCAUCCCAGAGAGUCAUGUGACCGGCCUGGAGGAGGGAAAGACCUACCGCUUCAGAGUGAGGGCAGAGAACGCCAUCGGCCUCAGCAGACCCGACACCACCGUGCCCAUCCUCUGUCAGGAGAAACUGGUUCCUCCGAUCCUUGAGGUGGACCUGAAGCUCACUGAGGGUAUCACGGUGAAGGCCGGCACCACCAUCAGGCUGCCAGCUAUCAUGAGAGGAAUCCCCGUUCCCACCGCCAAGUGGUCCAUGGACGGAGAGGAGAUCAAGAGUGAGGGAAACAUCAAGAUCGACACAGACAACUUCUCCACUGUGCUUAGCAUCAACGAGUGCACCAGGAACCACACCGGCUCCUACCUGCUCACCGUGUCCAACCCGGCCGGAACCAAGACAGCUGCCCUUAACGUCACAGUCCUAGAUGUUCCCGCCGCUCCCAUCGGCCCUGUCAACAUCUUGGAGGUCACUCCUGACUCCAUGAUGAUCGAGUGGCGUCCUCCCAAGGACGACGGCGGCAGCCCUGUCACCAACUACAUCGUGGAGAAGAGAGAGUCCAACAAGGGAACAUGGGGAGGCGUGAGCUCUGGCAGCCUCGCCACCAAGAUGAACAUUAUCCGCCUGCAGAGGGGCGUAGAGUACGUGGUCCGUAUUCGUGCCGAGAACAAGAUGGGCAUCGGCGCUCCUUUGGAGAGCAAGCCCACCGUCGCUGAGCACUCCUUCAUGCCGCCCAGCCCGCCUGGUAAGCCACAGUUCUCUGAUGUCUCAGAGGAUGCCGUUACAGUGGGCUGGACCAUGCCCCUGUCCGACGGCGGCAGCCAGAUCACAGGCUACAUCAUCGAGCGCAGACAUAAGGGAGGAAAAUGGAUCCGCGUCAACAAGACGCCCUGCAAGGACCUGAGGUACAGAGUGCUGGGUCUGUUUGAGGGCAACGAGUACGAAUUCAGAGUGUUUGCUGAGAAUAUCGCCGGCUACAGCGGCCCUUCUCCUGUCUCCGACACCUGCAAGCCCUGCAGGCCCAUCACCGUUCCCAGCGCCCCUGUCAACCCCAAAGUCAAAGACUACAGCAAGACCACCGCCUACCUGGUGUGGACCAAACCCACCAGAGACGGAGGUAGCCCCAUCCUGGGCUACACCGUGGAGAUGAAGAAGGGGGACACUGAAGAGUGGAAAACGAUGAACCUGGACGACUUCGUAAAGCAGUGCGCCUUCACGGUGAAGGGUCUGGAGGAGGGCGUGACCUACAGGUUCAGAGUCUACGCCUCCAACAUGAUCGGAGAUGGAGAGUCCAGAGAAAUCCCAGAGUCCAUCGUCGCUCAGGACAUCGUGAUCCCUCCAGAGAUCGAGAUGGAUGCCACCUGCCGCGAGCACCUCACCGUGCGUGUCGGACACAACAUCAACAUCAUCGGCUACAUCAAGGCCCGCCCAGACCCAGAGGUGAUCUGGUCGAAGGGGGAGAUGGUCAUGGAGAAAAGCAAACGUGUCACAAUCAUGCAGAACUUGCCCGUGGUCCAUCUGAGGAUCAAAGAAGCCACGAGAGACGACCAUGGAAAAUACAUCCUGAAGGCUUCAAACGAAGGCGGCGAGGCGUCCUGCAACAUCACAGUCAACGUUCUGGACAGACCCAGCCACUGCCAAAACCUGCACACCACCUACGCCACCAGGGACUCCUGCAUGAUCAACUGGGAGGCCCCCAAAGACAACGGUGGAUCUGAGAUCACCAACUACAUUGUGGAGUGCCGUGAGCCCAGCAUCAGCAUGUGGUCCAUGAUCUCCUCCAACUGCACCAACCGCAAGAUCAAGGCCAAGCUGAUGGAGGGCCACGAGUACCUGUUCCGUGUCUGCGCUGUCAAUAAGAUGGGCCCUGGACCCUGCGUGGAGAUCAAGACCCCUCUGCUGGCCAUCGACCCCAUCGAGAAGCCCGGUGAGCCCGAGAACUUCAGGGCCACUGACAUCGGGAAGAACUACGUCUACCUGAGAUGGAGGAAGCCCGACUACGACGGCGGCAGCCCCAACCUCUCCUACAACCUGGAGUGCAAAGCCAAAGACGCUGAGCAGUGGGAGAAGCUCAAUGCCGGCACACUGACCAACACCUUCUUCAUGGCUGACAAGUGCACAGAGAACCAGACCUACACCUUCAGGGUGCAGACGGUCAAUGAAGGAGGGGAGAGUGCGUGGGUGAAACUUGCGGACAUUGUGGUGAAGGAGGAGAUCCAGAAGCCGGUCCUGGACAUGAAGCUGGCUGGAACUCUGACGGUGAAAGUUGGAGAGUCCGCCCGCAUGGAGGCCGGCCUGAGAGGAAAGCCGCAGCCCGAUGUCAAAUGGACCAAAGACAAAGCGGUCGGAGACAACCCCAGAAUCAGCUAUGAAACCGGACCAGAUUACUCCAAGUUCCUUCUGACCAAGUCCAGACGCAGCGACAGCGGGAAGUACAUCAUCACUGCCACCAACUCGGCCGGCACCUUCACGGCUUACGCCAACCUGAACGUCCUGGACGUCCCCGGCCCCGUCAGGAACCUCAGGAUCACUGGUAUCGGAGCUGAAAGGUGCAGGGUGGUCUGGGACGCUCCGGAGGAUGACGGAGGCUGUGAGGUGGACAGCUACAUCCUGGAGAAGUGCGAGACCAGGAGGAUGGUCUGGUCCACGUACUCGGCCUCCGUGGUUACACCAUACUGCAACGUCACUCGUCUGGUGGAGAACAACGAGUACAUCUUCAGAGUGAGGGCCGAGAACAAGAUGGGAACCGGCCCCGCCAUCGAGAGCAAGCCCAUCACUGUCAAGACCCAGUUCAACAGACCUGGACCCCCUGAGGCACCUGAGGUCACCAAGGUCAGUAAAGACGAGAUGACGGUGGUCUGGGCUCCUCCAGAGAACGACGGUGGAAAGUCCAUUACUGGCUACAUCCUGGAGAGGAAGGAGAAGCGGGCCGUGCGCUGGGUGGCGUGCACCAAGAGUCCCAUCUCCGAGAGACGCAUGAAAGUCGCCAACCUGAUCCCCAACCACGAGUACCAGUUCAGGGUGAAGGCCGAGAACGAGGUGGGCCUGGGAGACCCCAGCAAGCCCUGCAGACCCGUCGCAGCCAAAGAUCCCAUCGAGCCCCCCGGCCCCCCUGCAGGCCUGAAGGUGGGCGACAGCACCAAGACCUCCAUCACCCUGUCCUGGUCCAAACCGGUGUAUGACGGCGGCGCCCCCAUCAUCGGGUACAGCCUGGACAUGAGGCUGAAGAGCGAGGCCGACCCCGAGAAGCCCACCGAGGGCUGGAAGAGGAUCGACACUCACGGCCCGCUGGUGCUCACAGAGUUUACCAUCGGCCAACUGGACGAGAAGCAGGAGUAUGAGUUCAAGGUGUCCGCCAAAAACCAGGUGGGCUGGGGACGUCACGCCUACCUGAAGGAGGCCGUCUCUCCCAAAGAGAUCCUGGAGGCUCCAGAGAUUGACCUGGACGCCAGUUUGAGGAAGGGCCUGUCCGUCAGGGCUGGCUGUCCAAUCAGGCUUUUCGCUGUGAUCAGAGGAAGACCCGCCCCUAAGGUCACCUGGAAGCGCCUGGGCGUGGACAACGUGAUCCGCAGAGGACACGUGGACCAGGUGGACACCAUGUCCUUCCUGGUCAUCCCUGAGAGCACCAGAGAGGACUCUGGGAGAUACUCACUGACUCUGUCCAACUCGGGCGAGAGAAAAGCCGUGUUCGUCCGCGUCAAAGUCCUCGACACUCCUGGACCCGUCGGCGGCCUGGAGGCCACUGACAUCACCAAGACCAAUGCCCAGCUGUCCUGGUUGCCCCCGGAGAACGACGGCGGCAGCCCCAUCACCAACUACAUUGUGGAGAAACGAGAGGUGGACAGGAAGACCUGGAACAAGUGCACCGAGGACCUGAAGAAGACCAGCUUCAAGGUGACCAACAUGACGCCCGGCAUCGAGUACUACUUCAGAGUCACCGCCUGCAACAAGUACGGCAUCGGAGUCCCACAGGACUCGCCCAAGUCCUACCUGGCUGUGGACCCCAUCAGUGAGCCCGACCCUCCCAAGAAGGUGGACGUGUUGGAGAUCACGAAGAACAGCGCCACGGUGGGCUGGCUGAAGCCGCUCAGAGACGGAGGAGCCAAGAUCAACGGUUACGUGGUGGACUAUCAGGAGGAGGGCGCUCCCGAGGACAAGUGGACGCCAUACUCCGUGGUCAAAGACCUGACCAUCGUGGUGGUCGGCCUGAAGGAGGGAAAGAAGUACAAGUUCAGAGUGGCAGCCAGGAACUCGGUGGGAGUCAGUCUGGCCCGAGAGGCGGAGGGAGUGUUUGAGGUCAAGGAGCAGCUGAUGGCUCCAAAGAUCAUCAUGCCAGACAUCAUGACCUUCAGAGCCGGAUCCAAGAUGGUGGUUGAGGCCAUCGUGGCGGGUAAACCUCCUCCCUUCUGCAAGUGGAAGCAGGGCAACGAGGACGUGCUGACGUCUGAUCGCCUGUCCGUUGUUAAGACACUGACGACCUGCUCGCUCAUCAUCAAGAACGUGACCAGAAAUGACAGCGGCUACUACAGCCUGUCUGCCGAAAACAGCACCGGCAAAGUCAACCAAAUCCUCCGAGUCAUCAUCAUGGACAUCCCUGGACCUCCUGAGGCUCCUCUGGAGAUCACCGAGCAGGACAUCGACAGCUGCACGCUGCUCUGGAACUCCUCACAGGAGGACGGCGGCAGCCACAUCACCAACUACAUUGUGGAGAGGUGUGACGUCAGCCAGGGCGACUGGAUCACCAUGUCCGCAUCCUGCACCAAGACCAGCUUCAGAGUCACCAAACUGACACCUGGCAAAGAGUACAGCUUCAGAGUCCGAGCUGAGAACAGGUUCGGCAUCUCUGCACCUAUCUACUCGGAGAGGAUGAUAGCCAGAUAUCCAUUUGAUCCUCCCAGCGAGCCCAGAAACCUGCAGAUCAACAAGGUCUUCAAGGACUUUGUCAUCCUGUCAUGGGAGCGUCCCAGCAGCGACGGCGGCACCCCGAUCACUGGAUACUCCAUCGAGAGGAAGGAGAGGAACAGCAUCCUGUGGGUGAAGGCCAACGAGUCCUUAGUCAAAGCCACACAGUACAGCUGCAGCGGCCUGAUCGAGGGCCUGGAGUACACCUUCAGGGUGUCGGCGCUAAACCUGGCCGGACAAGGCAAACCGUGCAAGCAGACCAACUUCAUCACCGCCAGGACAGCAGUCGAACCGCCGGGUAAACCUGAGCCCAUGGAUGUGACCAAGAACUCCGUCUCGCUGGUCUGGGGCCGUCCCAAGCAUGACGGCGGCAGCAAGCUGAUUGGCUAUUUCAUGGAGUACACAAAGUUGCCAGAGGAGAAGUGGGUACGAUGCAACACCAACUGCAUUAGCAUCCAGACUGAAAGCUACGUGGUGAACGGCCUUGAGGAGGGCCAGCAGUACCAGUUCAGGGUCAUCGCCAAGACCGCCAUAAACAUCAGCCUGCCAUCCGAGCUGUCCGACCCCAUCGCUGUCAUCGCAGAGAACGUUCCUCCUCGUGUGGAGCUGGGCAUCGAAAUGAAGAACCUGAUCGUUGUGAAGGCCGGAGAGAACGUCUGCCUGAACGCCGAGGUGUUCGGUAAGCCGCUGCCCAAGGUGAGCUGGAAGAGAGACGGCGUGCCUCUGGUCCUUGCUGAGGGAAUGAAGAUGAGCCAGAAGAAACACGUCCACCUGUUGGACCUCUUCUCCGUCACCAGGAAGGAGUCUGGAGACUACACCAUCACCGCUGAGAACGUCAAUGGCUCCAAGUACGCCACCAUCAAGGUCAAGGUGCUCGACAAACCGGGCCCUCCCGCUUCUGUGAAAAUCGGCAAGGUGUUUGCCGACCGUGUCAAGCUGCGAUGGGAGCCCCCACUUGCGGAUGGCGGCUCUGAGAUCACCAACUACAUCAUCGAGAAGCGUGAGACCAGCAGGGCCAACUGGGCACUGGUCACCUCCAACGUCCAUGGACACGUCACCGACAGCUCAGUGGAGAAACUCAUAGAAGGACACGAGUACCAGUUCAGAGUCAGCGCUGAGAACCAGUAUGGUGUCGGAGACCCUGUCAUGACCGACCCUGUUACGGUCAAGAACCCGUACGAUGUUCCUGGUCCAUGUGAGCCACCCGUCAUCACCAACAUCACCAAGGACUCCAUGACGGUGAGCUGGAAGGCUCCAGCCAACGACGGCAAGGCCCCCAUCCUGGGCUACAUGCUGGAGAAACGUGAGGCCACCGAGCUGACCUGGGCUAAGGUCAACCGCCGCCCGGUCAUCGACAGGACCAUCAAGGCCGCUCAGCUGACCGAGGGCUCUGAGUACGAGUUCAGAGUCAUCGCCAUGAACAAGGCUGGUCUUGGCAAACCUAGCGACGCAUCCAACGCUGCGCUGGCUGUCGACCCCGUCUAUCCUCCUGGCCCGCCUGCCUUCCCCAAGGUGGUGGACUCUACCAAGACCACCAUCAGCCUCAGCUGGACCAAACCAGCCUACGACGGCGGUUGUGAGAUCAUCGGCUACUUGGUGGCAUGCAAGAGAGCCGACGCUGAGCACUGGACCAAGUGCAACAUCCCCAAAAACCUACAGGCCACCAAGUUUGUGGUGACGGGCCUGAUGGACGACACCGAGUACCAGUUCAGGGUCAUUGCUGUCAACAAGAUCGGUUUCAGUGAGCCCAGCGAGGUCCCUGGAAACCACAUGCCCAAAGACAUCCUGAUCGCUCCUGAAGCCGAGCUGGACGCCGACCUCAGGAAAGCUUUGGUUCUCCGAGCCGGCGUCACCAUGAGACUCUACGUUCCACUGAGAGGACGCCCAGCACCAAAGGUGACAUGGACGAAGGUGGACGGCAACCUGAAGGACAGGCAGGGCGUGCUGAUCAAGACAUCAGACUGGGACACCCUGCUGAUGGUCGAGGACAUCAACAGAUACGACGCAGGCAAAUACGUGCUGUCACUGGAGAACAGCAGCGGCUCCAAGAGCUACACCAUCGUGGUCAAGGUCCUCGAUUCUCCUGGGCCGCCUCAGAACCUGACCGUAAAGGAGACCUCCAGAAGCCACGCCUUCAUCACCUGGGACGCGCCGCUUAUUGACGGUGGUAGCCCUGUCAAGAGCUACAUCGUAGAGAAACGUCUGGCUGAGAGGAAGGCCUGGACCUGCGUGGCGCCCAACUGCCACAAGAUCUCCUACAGGAUCACCAAUCUGGAGGCGGGUCAGGCCUACUGCUUCAGAGUUCUGGCUGAAAACGCCUACGGUAUCGGAGAGGGCUGCGAGACCGCCGGCAGUGUCCGAGCCUCAGAGCAACCUGGUCCAGUGACGGAAUUCAAAGCCAAGAAGACCACCAAGAAUUCUAUCGUUCUGGGCUGGAAGAAGCCCAUCAGCGACGGUGGAAGCUACAUUUCUGCUUAUAUCCUGGAGCAGAGCGAAGGCGAGGACAAGUGGAAGCAGAUCAUGAAGGGCAAGAACACCAUGCACACCAUUGGUGAGCUGACUGAGGGCAAGGAGUACCUGUUCAGGGUCAAGGCGCUCAAUGAGUCUGGAGAGGGGCCACCCACCGAUCUUGCUGUGGUCGCCAAGGACCAGUUUGUGCUGCCUGACUGUAAUUUGAGUAAUCUGCAUGAUGGUUGCUACGUGGUGAAGGAGGGAAGUACCACACGUAUCAACAUCCCCCUCAUCGGAAUACCUGUCCCCACCGCCACCUGGAAGAAGGGCGACAUUGGAAUUGGGGACACCGGCCGAAUGUGCAUAGAGACAUCCCCUGGUGUCACCACUCUGCUGAUCAGAGACUGCCAGAGAGGAGAUGCUGAGACCUACACCAUCAACGUCAGAAACAGCGCUGGCUCCAAGGACUGCAAGUUCCAGCUGAAAGUGGUCGGCAAGCCUGGGAUCUGCACCGGACCCAUUAAGUUUGAUGAGAUCACUGCUGACGGCAUCACCCUGGAGUGGGCACCACCCAAAGAUGAUGGCGGUGCAGAGGUAUCCAACUACAUUGUUGAGAAGAGAAGGACAACGGACAACAAGUGGGCCACAGUGGCUUCAGCCAUCCAGAAGACCACCAUGAGGGUGAUCAGGCUCCACGGCGGAAUAGAGUACAUCUUCAGAGUGUUCGCUGAGAACAAGUAUGGGGUUGGAGAGUAUCUGAGGUCUGACCCAGUCAUCGCCCAGCAUCCAUUUGAUGUGCCCGACGCACCUGCUCCUCCUGAAAUAGCAAGCAUCCACCAGGAGUCAGCCAUCCUGACUUGGGCUGAUCCAAAGGAUACUGGUGGCUCCCCAAUAACUGGAUAUCAUGUGGAAUUUAAGGAGAGAAACAGUCUGAUGUGGAAACGAGCCACUAAGACUCCUCUGAGAGUGAAGGAGUGCAGAGUUACUGGAUUGAUAGAGGGACUAGAGUAUGAAUUCAGGGUAAUGGCAAUGAACAUGGCCGGCUUAGGAAGGCCAAGCAAGGUCACAGAGGCUAUAGUUGCCCUGGAUCCUAUUGAUCCUCCUGGCAAACCUGAAGUGAUUAAUGUCACCAGGACCACGGUCACCUUGAUAUGGACUGCUCCGAAAUAUGAUGGUGGCCACAAACUGACUGGCUACAUGGUUGAGAAGCUGGAGUCUGGCGGCAAGACCUGGAAGAAGGCCAACCAUGUCAACAUCCAGGUCUGUGCCUUCACCGUCACAGACCUGACAGACGGAGACCAGUAUCAGUUCAGGAUCAGGGCCAAGAAUUCUGCAGGAGCAAUCAGUGAUCCUUCAGAGGCUACUGAGCUUCUGACCUGCAAGGACGAGUAUGAGCCUCCAACCAUCACCAUUGACCCAGACAUGAAGGACGUAUCAGUGAGGGCAGGAGACACCAUCGUGAUUUCAGCCUCCAAGAUUGUGGGCAAACCUCCACCCACUGCUGUCUGGUCCAAGGGAGGCCGUGAGUUCAAGACCUCUGACAUCGUCACCAUCACCAGCACCCCCACCUCCUCCACUCUGGCUAUCAAGUACGCAAGCCGGAAGAACACAGGAGAGUACACCAUCACCGCCAGCAAUCCCUUCGGCAUUAAGGAAGAACAUGUGAAGGUGAAGGUCCUUGAUGUGCCUGGACCUCCAGGCCCCAUUGAAGCAAGUAACAUCUCAGCUGAGAAGUGUACCCUGACCUGGCUUCCACCAGAGGAGGAUGGAGGCUCCUCUAUCAAGUCCUACAUCCUUGAGAAGAGAGAGACCAGCCGCCUGCAGUGGACCAAGUUGGCUGAAAACAUUGUGGACUGCAGACAUGUAGCCGGCAAACUGAUCAAGGGCAACGAGUACAUCUUUAGAGUGUUUGCCGUGAACCAGUAUGGCACUGGAGACUCAAGCCAGUCUGGUCCAAUCAAAAUGGUUGACAGCUUCCGCCCACCUGGCCCACCCUCAGUCCCUGAGAUUGAUAACGUCAGCAGGAACGCUGUCACCAUUUCAUGGAAGAGACCAGCACAGGACGGCGGAAGUGACAUUAGAGGAUAUUGUGUAGAGAGGAAAGAGAGGAGAGGAAUGAGAUGGGUGAGAGCCUGUAAGAGGACAGUCCCUGACCUGCGCUUUAAGGUGCAAGGCCUGAGUGAGGGAGUAGAGUAUGAGUUUAGAGUCACUGCUGAGAACAAGGCUGGAUUUGGGGAGCCAAGCGAGCCAUCACAACCUGUGAUGACCAAGGACAUUGUGUAUCCACCUGGUCCACCAUCCAACGUCAGAGUUACAGACACCACAAGAACCACAGCUACCUUAGCCUGGGGCCGACCCCACUACGAUGGUGGUCUUGAUGUAGAGGGAUACAUGGUUGAGUACAAAAAAGAGGGGCAUGAUGACUGGGAGGUGGAGAAUCAGUAUCCAAUGAAAGCUACUGAAUACGUUAUUGGUAAACUUCAAAAAGGAGGCAAAUACCACUUCAGAGUCAUCGCUGUGAACUCAGAGGGAGUCGGCGAGCCUGCAGAGGUUGAGAAAGUGACUGAACUGGUGGACCAGGAGGCGCUGCCAGACUUUGAGCUGGAUGCCGAACUGAGGAGAACCCUGGUGGUCAGGUGCCGUGCCUCAAUCCGUAUGUUUGUUCCCAUCAGGGGUCGCCCUGUUCCAGAGGUAACCUGGAGUAAAGAUGAUACCAACCUGAAAGCACGUGCACACAUUGACACCACAGAGUCCUACACUCUACUGGUUAUUCCUGACUGCACCAGAUACGAUGCAGGAAAGUACAACCUGUGUCUGGAGAACGUUGCUGGAAAGAAGACCGGCUUUGUUAACGUGAGAGUUUUGGACACUCCAGGACCACCAGUCAACGUCAAGCCCAGAGAAAUCACAAACAACAGCAUCACCCUCCAGUGGGAAAUCCCUAUAAUUGAUGGUGGUUCUAAGAUUCACAAUUACGUUAUUGAACAGAGAGCGGCUACCAAGAAGGCUUACACAGUGCUUAAUACUACAUGGCAGAAGUGUUCCUACAAGUUUACGGAUCUGGAGGAGGGAGCUUACUACUACUUCCGUAUCUCUGCUGAGAAUGACCUGGGUGUAGGCGAGCCUGCUGAAUCCCCUGAGCCAAUCAGGGUGUCCCAGGCCCCCUCUUCACCAGAGAACUUGUAUGUCACAGAUGUGACAGCUGACAGUGCCAGCCUGGCAUGGACCAAGCCCCUGCAUGAUGGUGGCAGCUUGAUCACUGGAUACGUCAUUGAGGCCCAGAAGAAGGACUCUGACCAGUGGGUCCAUGUGACAACCAUCAAGGCUCUGGACUACACUGUACCAGAUCUGAUUGAGGGCGCAGAGUAUACCUUCCGCAUAAUGGCUGUCAAUGCAUCAGGCAGGAGCGACCCACGUGAGAGCAGACCUGCUAUUAUCAAAGAGCAGACCUCCGCUCCUUCCUUUGACCUGCGUGGAGUGUACCAGAAGACAGUCAUCGCCAAGGCAGGGGACCGCAUCAAGGUGGAGAUUCCAGUGCUGGGCAAACCCAGACCUGUGGUUUCCUGGAAGAAGGGAGACAUAGCACUUAAGGAGACACAAAGAAUCAACACUGAAACCACACCAACAUCAACUAUUCUCAACAUCAGUGAGAUCAAGAGGAAGGAUGCAGGCCAGUAUUCCAUGACUGGAAAGAACAUGCUGGGCACAGUAACUGAGACGAUCACAGUCCUGGUCCAUGAUAUUCCAGGUCCUCCCACUGGUCCCAUUAAGCUGGAAGAGGUAUCAUGUGAUUAUGUUCUCAUGUCCUGGGAGGCACCAGAGCAUGAUGGAGGUGUUCCCAUCAACAACUAUAUUGUUGAGAUGCGUGAGACUACUGGUACUUCCUGGAUGGAGUUGGCAGCUACAGUGAUCCGUACCACAUUCAAGGCAGCUCGACUCAAUACUGGAACCCAGUAUCAGUUCCGUGUCAAGGCCCAAAACAGAUAUGGCACUGGACCAUGCAUUGUCUCUGAACCAGUGGUGGCUGCCUAUCCAUUUGAUGUGCCAGGCCAACCCGGCAUUCCUUACAUCACAUCUUUCAACAAGGACGCUAUGACUGUGAGCUGGAAUGAGCCAUCCUCUGAUGGAGGCAGUGUCAUUCUUGGCUAUCAUGUGGACAGAAAAGAGAAAAACAGUAUUUUGUGGCAGAGGAUCAGCAAAGCUCUUGUUGUCGGAAAUAUCUUCAAAUCAACAGGCCUUGUUGAUGGAAUUGCAUAUGAACACCGUGUUACUGCUGAAAACAUGGCCGGUCUCAGCAGACCAAGCAAAGCCUCUGAGCCUAUGUAUGCUUUGGACCCAGUUGACCCACCAGGCAGGCCUGUGGCAUUGAAUAUCACCAGACAUGAGGUGACAGUGUCCUGGACCAAACCAGAGGGAGAUGGUGGAUUCUCCAUCACUGGAUACACAGUAGAGAGGAGAGAGAUGCCCAAUGGACGCUGGCUCAAAGCAAACUUCAACAACAUCCUUGAAACCAUCUACACAGUCAGUGGUCUGAUCGAAGAUGCAACUUAUGAAUUCCGUGUGUUUGCUAGAAACUCAGCUGGUGCUGUAAGUGCUCCAUCCCAGCCAUCAGAGGCAAUCACUUGCAGAGAUGACAUUGAGGAGCCCAAGCUCGAUGUUGACGCAUUGUAUAGUAGCAAUGUUGUUGUCAUGGCAGGAGAGGUGUUCAAGCUGGAGGCCAAUGUGACUGGCAGGCCACUCCCAUCUCUAGUAUGGACCAAGGAAGGAAAGGAGCUUGAUGAUACGGCCAAGAUUGAAAUAAAGUCAACAGACUUCCACACAACUCUGAUAAACAAAGAUUCCCUGAGGAGGGAUGGAGGUGCUUUUACUCUGACUGCUAGCAAUCCCGGUGGUUUUGCCAAGUUCACCUACAAUGUCAAGGUGCUCGACAGGCCUGGACCACCAGAUUCCCUCACCGUUACUGACGUUACUGCUGAGAAAUGUGUCCUUAACUGGCUGCAUCCAACACAUGAUGGCGGUGCAAAGAUCGAAUAUUUUAUCAUUCAGAGGCGUGAGACCAGUAGGUUGGCAUGGACAAACGUGGCCACAGACCUUCAGGCGAACAGGCUCAAGGUCACCAAGCUUCUGAAGGGCAAUGAGUACAUCUUCAGAGUCAUGGCUGUUAACAAGUAUGGUGUGGGUGAGCCCAUGGAGUCUGAGCCUGUCAUCUGUGCCAACCCCUAUGUCCCCAGUGACCCACCAUCACAGCCUGAGGUUACCACGAUUACCAAGGACUCCAUGGUCGUCUGCUGGGAGCGCCCUGAACAUGACGGAGGCAGCAGAUUAAACACCUACAUAAUUGAGAGAAGGGAUAAGACUGGUUUGCGCUGGGUGAAGUGCAACAAGAGGACUGUAACUGACCUGCGAUUCAAGGCCUCUGGCCUCACACAAGGACAUGAGUAUGAAUUUAGAGUUUUUGCUGAGAACAAUGCAGGUCUGAGCCAACCCAGUCCCUCCAGUCCAUUCUACAAAGCUGAAGACACCAUCUUCCAGCCAGGACCUCCAGGAAACCCCAGGGUGCUGGACACAACCAAGUCUUCCAUCACCCUUGCCUGGAACAAGCCGGUUUACGAUGGUGGUUCUGAAAUCACUGGUUACAUAGUGGAGACCUGCCUCCCUGAGGAAGAUGAGUGGACCAUUCACACUCCCAAAAAGGGAUGGACAGCCACUUCCUUCACCAUCACCAACUUAAAGGAAAACCAGGAGUACAAAAUCAACAUCUGUGCCACUAACUGUGAGGGAGUGGGAGAGCCUGCUGCUGUUCCUGGAACCCCUAAGGCUGAAGACAGACUGCUGCCUCCAGAAAUUGAACUUGGAGCAGAAUUGCGCAAGGUGGUCUGCAUCAGGGCCUGUAGCACACUCAGGCUUUUUGUUCCAAUUAAGGGCAGACCAGUACCUGAGGUUAAAUGGUCAAGAGAGCAUGGAGAAUCUUUGGACAGAGCUAAUAUUGAAAUCACCCCAUCAUUCACCACUCUUCAGGUAGACAAUGUUGACAGAUUUGAUGCGGGUAAAUACAUAGUGACUGUGGAGAAUGCCUCAGGAAGCAAAUCAGCCUUUGUUAAUGUCAGGGUGCUUGAUACUCCUGGAGCACCUCAGAAUCUGAUUGUCAAGGAGAUCACAAGAGAUUCAGUUUCCCUUGUUUGGGAUGCACCUCUCAUUGAUGGUGGCUCCAGGGUCCGCAGCUACAUUGUGGAGAAACGUGAGUCAACCAGAAAGGCCUACUCAACAGUCUGUGCCAGCUGCCACAAGUCUAGCUGGAAAGUUGGAGACCUGGAGGAAGGAAAAUUGUACUCCUUCAGAAUCCUGGCUGAGAACGAAUAUGGUAUUGGACUCCCAGUAGAGACUGCUGAACCAAUUAAAGUGUCAGAGAAGCCUCUACCACCAGGCAAAGUGUCCCUUCGUGAAGUUACCAGUUCCAGCGUCACACUAACUUGGGAAAAGCCUGACCAUGAUGGUGGCAGCAGAAUCACAGGCUAUAUUGUUGAGAUGCAGGGUAAAGGCAGUGAGAAGUGGACCCAGGUGAUGGUUGUAAAGACCAAUGAGGCUCACGUAACUGGCCUUACACAGGGAGAGGAGUAUAUGUUCCGUAUCUCAGCGACCAAUGAAAAAGGAGUUAGUGACCCACGUCCUCUCAGUAUGCCUGUAGUGGCUAAAGACCUAGUCAUCCCACCAACCUUCAAAAUGCUUUUCACCACAUUUAGUGUACUAGCAGGAGAUGAUCUGAAGAUAGAUGUACCAUAUGUUGCCUGCCCCAAGGCUACACCAACUUGGCUCAAAGAUGGCGUUGUUCUCAAGGAGACAACAAGAGUAAAUUCCGAAGCCACAGACAAAAACCUUCUCCUGAUUAUAAAGGAGGCUUGCAGAGAUGAUGUGGGCACAUAUACCAUCAAACUGACCAACACAGUUGGCGAGGCAUCUACAGACAUCAGUGUUGUUGUUCUAGAUAAGCCUGGUCCUCCAACUGGCCCAAUUAAGUUGGAUGAGGUCACUGCUGACAGCGUGGUUCUGUCCUGGAAUGCACCAGAGUAUGACGGUGGUUGUUCCAUUAACAACUACAUUGUUGAGAAGAGAGACACAUCUACCACUAACUGGCAGAUUGUGUCAGCUACUGUGGCCAGAACCACUAUCAAGGCAGCCCGUCUGAAGACUGGAGUCGAGUACCAGUUUAGGGUUGCUGCAGAGAAUAGAUAUGGCAAGUCCUCAGUCCUGGUCUCUGAAACCAUUGUUGCUCAGUAUCCAUUUGAAGUGCCUAGCUCACCACGUUCUGUUGUGGUCCAGUCAGCCACCAAGGAGAGUAUGGUGGUUGUAUGGGAGAAACCCAGCAAUGAUGGUGGAAGCAAAAUUCUGGGCUACCAUUUGGAGCUCAAAGAGAAAAACAGUAUACUUUGGGUGAAACAGAACAAACAACUCAUCCCAGAGGCCAGAUUUAAAGUUGUUGGCCUUGAGGAGGGUAUUGAUUAUGAGUACAGAGUCUAUGCCGAGAACAUUGUUGGCAUCAGCAAAGCCAGCAAAGUGAGUGAAAUGCAAGUAGCCAGAGAUCCUUGUGACAGACCAGGAAAACCAGAGGCGGUCAUUGUGACAAGAAACCAAGUGACACUCAGAUGGACCAAACCCGAAUAUGACAGUGGCAUCAAGAUCACAGGCUAUGUGGUUGAGAAGAAAGAAGGAGCUGGGCGCUGGAUGAAGGCCAGUUUCACCAACAUCAUUGAGACUGAAUUUGUUGUCACAGGACUUACUGAAGAUCAGAUUUACGAGUUCCGUGUCAUUGCCAAGAAUGCAGCAGGUGUCUUCAGCCAGCCAUCUGAUUCCACUGGAGCCAUCACUGCCAAGGAUGAGGUGGAUCCACCCAAGAUUGACUUAGAAGCUAAGUACUCCCAGGCUGUGGUGGUGAAUGCUGGUGAGAUAUUCAGACUUGAGGCAGGUAUCUAUGGUAAGCCUGUGCCCACAGUACACUGGUUAAAAGAGGGCAAAGAGAUUACUGAAGCAGCUCGCCUAGAGAUCAAGAACACAGACUUUACAGCUUGUAUAGUUGUUAAAGAAGCUAUCCGUGUUGAUGGAGGUCAGUACACUUUGCUCGUUAAGAAUGUUGGUGGAGAAAAAUCUGUUAACAUCAAUGUCAAGGUCCUGGACAGACCAGGUCCACCUGAAGGCCCUAUAUCCAUUUAUGGGGUCACCAAUGAGAAAUGCUCCAUUGCCUGGAAACCCCCCUUGCAAGAUGGAGGUAGUGAUGUUUCCCAUUACAUUGUUGAGAGAAGGGAGACUAGCCGACUGGUUUGGACAGUAGUUGAACCAAAAGUUCAGACACUGAACCUGAAGAUCACAAAACUUCUUCCUGGUAAUGAGUACAUCUUCAGAGUGAUUCCAGUCAACAAAUAUGGCGUUGGUGAGCCUCUUGAAUCAGAGCCUAUGAUUGCCAAGAAUCCAUUUGUCACUCCCAACUCACCAACAGAGGUGGAAGUCUCCACAAUCACUAAAGACUCCAUGGUGGUGACCUGGGAGAGACCAACUAAUGAUGGUGGCAGCCCUAUCCAGGGAUACAUUGUUGAGAAACGUGACAAGGAUGGUGUACGAUGGACCAGAUGCAAUAAACGCACGGUGAGUGAGCUGCGCUUCAGAGUGACGGGGCUCCUAGAAAACCACAGGUAUGAAUUUAGAGUUGCUGCUGAAAAUGCUGCAGGUGUUGGCACACCCAGUGCACCUACAGUGUACUACAAAGCACUGGAUCCUAUCUUCAAAGCCGGUCCACCAAACAACCCCAAGGUUGUUGACACAUCUAGGUCUACUGUUUCCCUGACAUGGGGCAAACCUAUCUAUGAUGGUGGCUGUGAGAUUCAGGCUUACGUUGUUGAGGCCUGCGAUGUAGCAUCUGAUGAGUGGUUUAUGUGCACUCCUCCAACUGGAAUCACAGACACUAAGUUUACAGUGAAAAAGCUUCUGGAGAAGCAUGAGUACCAAUUCAGAGUGUGUGCCAUCAACAAAGUUGGUGUUGGGGAGCAUGGUGAUGUUCCAGGAAAAAUUCUACUGGAGGAGAAGCUUGAGGCCCCUGAUCUUGACCUGGAUGCUGAUAUGAGAAAAAUUAUUAACAUUAGAGCAGCAAGCACUCUCAGGCUGUUUGUUCCUGUUAGAGGUCGUCCAGCUCCAGAGGUGAAAUGGGGCAAGGCAGAGGGCGAGAUUAAGGACACUGCCCAGAUUGACAACACAGGCAGCUAUGCCUCACUUGUCAUUGAAAAUGUUGACAGAUAUGACUCUGGCAAAUACACCCUGACGGCAGAGAAUGCCAGUGGAGUAAAGUCAGUCUUCAUCAGUGUCAGAGUCCAGGACUCACCUAGUCCACCAGCUAACUUGAUGGUAAAAGAGAUUACCAAGAAUUCUGUCACUCUUACUUGGGAGCCUCCUCUUCUGGAUGGCGGCUCAAAGAUUAAGCAUUAUCUUGUUGAGAAGCGUGAGAGCACAAGGAAAGUUUAUUCUACCAUCACCACGUGUAACAGGAUGUCAUGGAAAAUUGAGCCUCUUCCAGAGGGUGGAAUCUUCUUCUUCAGAGUCCUGGCUGAAAAUGAAUAUGGUGUGGGUCUCCCCGCUAAAACUUUAGAACCAGUCAGAAUAUCUGAAAAGCCUCAGCCACCUGGUAAGGUCAGUGUUGUCGACGUCACUAAUAGCACCGUAACUCUCACUUGGGAGAAGCCUGAACAUGACGGCGGCAGUAGGAUCAGUUACUAUGAGGUCGAACUGGCACCUAAGGACAGUGAAGCUUGGUCUGUGUGCGCUAGUGGGAAGACACUGGAGACUGUAGUGCAAAACCUACUCAAGGGAGAGGAGUACCAGUUCAGAGUUAUUGCUGUAAAUGAGAAAGGCAAAAGUGACCCCAGACAACUGGCUCACUCAGUUGUGGUCAAGGACCUUGUGAUUGAGCCUGCUGUUAGACCCAAAUCGAGCACCUACAGUGUCCAGGUUGGGUAUGACCUCAAGAUAGAGGUCCCAAUUGCUGGUCAUCCAAAACCAACCAUCACUUGGACCAAGGAUGGAGCAGCCCUUAAGCAAACUACCAGAGUCAAUGUCACCGACUCACCACGUCUGACCACUCUUACUAUAAAGGAUGCUACCAAAGAGGAUGGAGGCAUGUACAGCAUCAAUGUUGCCAAUUCCCUAGGUUCCAAGGAUGCCACUAUUGAAGUGAUCACCCUGGAUAAACCAGGCCCACCAACAGGCCCUGUCAAAAUAGAGGAUAUCAGUGCUGAGAGCAUGACUCUUACCUGGGAACCUCCUACAUAUACAGGUGGCUGCCCAAUCUCCAACUAUGUUGUUGAGAAGAGAGAUACGACGACAACCAGUUGGGUGGUUGUGUCUGCCACUGUGGCCAGAACCACACUUAAAGUGUCCAAUCUGAAGACAGGCAGUGAAUACCAGUUCCGAGUCUAUGCCGAGAAUAGAUAUGGAAGGAGUUAUGCAAUUGAUUCAGAGCCUGUUGUGGCACAGUACCCAUUCCAGGAACCUGGCCCACCAGGAACACCAUUUGUAUCAUCAUACUCUAAGGACUAUAUGGUGGUUGAAUGGCACAAACCCCCAUCUGAUGGAGGCAGCUCCAUCUUAGGCUACCAUCUGGAGAGGAAGGAGAAGAACAGUAUCCUCUGGACCAAGAUCAACAAAAUGCUCAUCCAAGACUGCAGGUUCAAAUCUACUCCUCUUGAGGAAGGCAUUGAGUAUGAGUACAGAGUCUAUGCUGAGAAUAUUGUUGGCAUUGGAAAGUGCAGCAAAAUCUCUGAGGUUUAUGUAGCUCGCGACCCAUGUUAUCCUCCUGGCCGUCCUGAUGCUGUGAUUGUGACCAGGCACUCAGUGAAGCUGAGAUGGACUCCUCCAGAGUACGAUGGUGGAAGCUUAAUUACUGGUUAUGUAGUGGAGAAACGUGAUCUUCCUGAAGGAAAGUGGAUGAAGGCCAGCUUUGCGAAUGUCAUUGAACUUGAAUUCACAGUUACUGGCCUAACAGAAGACAGUAAAUAUGAUUUCAGAGUAAUUGCACGUAAUGCUGCUGGUGCUGUCAGCAAGCCCUCUGAGAGCACAGGAUCCAUCACAGCCAAGGAUGAAGUUGACCCGCCUAAGUCUGAGACCGAUCCUAUGUACAACCAGACCAUUAUUAUCAAUGCUGGAGAGACUUUCAAUCUGGAGGCCAGUGUGGAAGGAAAGCCCAUCCCCACAGCUCAGUGGUUCAAGGGAAAUGUUGAAGUGGAAAACUCAGCAAGAACUGAAAUCAAAAACACAGAUUUUAAGGCUCUGCUGGUUGUGAAGGAUGCUAUCAGAGUGGAUGGUGGACAGUACACACUGGUACUGACUAAUGUGGCUGGAACCAAGACUGUUCCAUUCAGUGUCAAGGUCCUGGACAGACCAGGCCCCUCAGAGGGACCUCUUACUGUCAGCAAUGUCACUGAGGAGAAGUGCUCACUGUCAUGGCUGCCCCCUAGGCAUGAUGGAGGAGCUAGCAUUUCUCACUACAUCAUUCAGAAGAGAGAAACCAGCCGCCUUGCAUGGACUGUGGUCUCUGCCGACUGUGGAGCAACCAUGUUCAAGGUUACCAAACUGUUGAAGGGCAAUGAGUACAUCUUCAGAGUCAUGGCUGUUAACAAAUAUGGUGUGGGCGAGCCUCUUGAAUCAAUGCCAGUUAUCAUGAGAAAUCCAUUUGUUCCUCCUGGCUCACCUCGGGAGUUGGAGAUCACCAACAUUACCAGGGACUCCAUGACUGUCUGCUGGAACCGCCCUGAGACCACUGGAGGCAGUGAGAUUGUUGGUUACAUUGUUGAGAAGAGAGACAGAGCUGGAGUGAGAUGGACCAAGUGCAAUAAACGCAGAGUGACAGACUUGCGUUUCAGAGUAACAGGACUGACUGAGGACCAUGAGUAUGAAUUCAGGGUAUCUGCAGAGAAUGCAGCUGGAGUGGGUCAACCAAGCCCAGCUACACCCUACCUCAAAGCCUGUGACCCCACCUUUGAACCGGGCUGUCCCUCUAAUGCCCAUGUCCUUGACGUUACUAAAGACACCAUCACUGUAGCCUGGCACCGGCCUAUCUAUGAUGGCGGUUGUGAGAUUCAAGGAUACUCUGUGGAAAUUACUAAGGCUGAUGAGGAGGAGUGGACCAUAUGCACUCCACCUUCUGGAGUCAAUGCUACCAAGUUUACCAUCACAAAGUUGGUAGAGCACCAGGAAUACAAGGUGCGCAUAUGUGCCAUCAAUAAGCUGGGUGUUGGUGAGCCCACUGAGAUUGAGGGAGUUGUGAAACCUAUGGAUAAGAUUGAUCCUCCAGAGAUGAUUCUGGAUUCAGAGCUAAGGAAGGGAAUAGUUGUCCGCGCAGGAGGCUCAAUGAGAAUCGGCAUUCCAUUCAAGGGUCGUCCUUCUCCUGAGAUCACCUGGGCCAAGGAGGAUGGAGAACUGCCCAGUAAAGUUCAGAUAGAGAGUAGUGAAGAUUAUACUCAGCUCUCUGUUGACAUCUGUGACAAAUAUGAUGCCGGAAAAUAUAUUCUCAAAUUGGAAAAUAGUGCUGGUGCCAAAUCAGCCUUUGUCUCUGUUAGAGUUCUGGACACUCCUGGGGCCCCUCUGAACCUGACAGUCAAAGACAUUAAGAGGGAAAGUGUCACUCUCACCUGGGAGCCUCCUCUUAUCGAUGGGGGUUCAAGAAUCAAGAAUUACCUGGUUGAAAAGCGUGAGUCCACUAGGAAGGUAUUCUCUAACGUGGAUAACAAGUGCACAAAGACAAGCUACCGAAUCACUGGCCUCACUGAGGGAAUGAUUUACUAUUUCAGAGUUCUUGCAGAGAAUGAGUUUGGUGUAGGACAAGCAGCUGAGACAGAAGACUCCGUUAAGACCUCUGAGCCUCCUCUGCCAGUGGGUAAGGUCACUUUGACUGAAGUGACCAAGACCUCUGCCUCACUCUCCUGGGAGAAGCCAAACCAUGAUGGAGGCAGCAGAAUCAUGGGCUACUACAUUGAGAUGCAACCUGUCGGUUCAGAGGAAUGGGUGGUGGCCACCACAACUAAAACUUGUGAGGGUGCUGUCACAGGCCUCAGCUCAGGCCAUGAGUACCUGUUUAGAGUGUCAGCUUUCAAUGAGAAGGGCAAGAGUGACCCCAGAGCUCUGGCUGCACCAGUCACUGCAAAAGAUGUAACUAUUGAGCCCAGAUUCAAGAUGGUGUUCAACACUUACAGUGUACAGAAUGGCGAGGACCUGAAGAUUGAGAUUCCAGUGAUUGGACGCCCCGUUCCCAAGGUUGAAUGGAAGAAGGAUGGUCAGGCUAUUAAGGAGACUACAAGACUCAAUGUAUCCAGCACACCUUCAUCUACUAAGCUGGUAAUUAAGGAUGCUAAUAAGGAAGACUCUGGUAAAUACACCAUCACAGCCACCAGCAGUGCUGGAACAGCUACAGAGGAGAUCACUGUCAUUAUUCUUGAUAAGCCUGGACCACCCACAGGCCCUGUGAAGAUUGAGGAAGUGAGCUCUAAUUAUGUCACUCUCUCCUGGGAGCCACCAGAGUAUACUGGAGGCUGCCAGAUCAACAACUACAUUGUGGAGAAGAGAGACACCACUACAACAGCAUGGCAGAUUGUUUCUGCUACUAUUGCCAGGUCAACCAUCAAAGUUACCAACCUUAAGACUGGAACUGAAUACCAAUUCAGAGUGUCUGCUGAGAAUAGAUACGGAAAAAGUUCUGCCAUUAUCUCUCCUACUGUUAUUGCUCAGUAUCCAUUUAGUGAGCCUGCUGCCCCAGGGACACCAAUUGUCUCUGCUGCAACCAAGGAUCACAUGGUUGUUGAAUGGAAGCCUCCCACCAACAAUGGAGGCAGCCCCAUCCUCGGCUAUCACCUUGAGAGAAAGGAGAAGAACAGCCUGUUGUGGACUAAACUUAACAAGCUCCUAAUCCCAGAGACACGUUUCAAGACUACAGAGCUGGAAGAAGGUAUUGAGUACGAAUUCAGAGUUUAUGCUGAGAACAUUGCUGGACUCAGCCCAGCUAGCAAGGUCUCUGAGAGCACAGUAGCCAGGGACCCCUGUGACCCGCCAGGUACUCCUGAAGCUAUUAACAUCACCAGAAAUCUUGUGACACUUCAGUGGACCAGGCCUCAGUAUGAUGGUGGCAGUGCAAUCACUGGCUAUGUGAUAGAGAGGAGGAAGCACCCAGAUACCCGUUGGAUGAAGGCCAGCUUCACCAACAUCAUUGAUACCCAGUAUACAAUCACUGGCCUGACUGAGGACUGUGUUUACGAGUUCAGAGUUAUUGCCAGGAAUGCUGCUGGCAUAUCCAGUCGUCCAUCUCAGAGCACAGGAGAAAUUACUGCCAAAGAUGAAAUUGAGGCUCCGGAGGCCACCCUGGAUUCUAAAUUCAAGGAUCUGACUGUUGUUAGUGCUGGUGAGACUUUCGUAAUUGAUGCUGACUACACUGGCAAGCCUCUACCUGAAGUCGUUUGGUUAAAGGACGGAAAGGAGAUUGACAAAACCAUACCAAGAAUGGAGGUCAAGACCACACUCACACGUACCAUCCUGACAGUCAAGGACUGCAUCAGAGUGGAUGGUGGUCACUUUACCCUCAAACUUAUCAAUGUGGGAGGUGUCAAAAUGAUCCCAGUUAAUGUUAAAGUUCUGGAUAGACCUGGUCCUCCUGAUGGCCCGCUAGAAGUUAAAGGUGUCACAGCUGAGAAGUGUUACCUGCACUGGAGCCAUCCCUCACAUGAUGGUGGAGCCAGCAUCUCUCACUACAUCAUUGAGAAGAGAGAGACUAGUCGUUUGUCAUGGACCAUGGUUGAGCCCAAGAUCCAGGCCAUAAGCUACAAAAUCACAAAACUGCUGCCUGGCAAUGAAUACAUCUUCAGAGUCACAGCUGUAAAUAAAUAUGGUGUUGGUGAGCCUUUGGAAUCUGAGCCUGUUAUUGCUCGUAACCCCUUCACCACUCCCAGUGCCCCCUCCACCCCAGAGCCCAGUGCCAUCACGAGGGACUCCAUCGUGCUUACAUGGGAGAGACCAGAGCAUAAUGGAGGAGCUGAGAUUGAAGGAUAUGUCCUUGAAAAACGUGACAAGGAUGGCAUCAGAUGGACUAAGUGCAACAAGAAGAGGCUGACUGACCUUAGAUUUAGAUGCGCUGGCCUCACAGAGGGCCACUCUUAUGAAUUCAGGGUCUCGGCUGAAAAUGCUGCUGGUGUGGGAAAGCCUAGUGUGCCAAGUGAAUACAUCAAGGCCUGUGAUGCCAUCUAUCCGCCAGGAGCUCCAAAUAAUCCCAAAGUAACUGACCAUUCAAGCACCACAGUCUCUCUGUCCUGGUCAAGGCCUAUCUAUGAUGGUGGAGCACCAGUCAGUGGAUAUGUUGUUGAAAUGAAGGAGGCAACAGAUGAUGAGUGGAUAACUUGCACCCCACCCACUGGUGUUCAGACCACUCACUACACUGUGAAGAGACUGAAGGAGAAUGCAGAGUACAACUUCCGCAUCUUUGCUGUAAACUGUGAGGGUGCAGGAGAGCAUGUGGACCUACCUGGUUCUGUGAUCGCUGCAGAGAAGCUGGAGGCUCCUGAAAUUGAACUGGAUGCUGACCUGAGGAAGAUGGUUAAUGUUCGUGCCACCGCUACCUUGCGUCUGUUUGUGACAAUCAGAGGAAAGCCUGAGCCUGAGGUCAAAUGGUCAAAGGCUGAUGGCACUAUGAAUGAGCGUGCCCAGAUUGAAGUCACAAGCUCUUACACAAUGCUUGUCAUCGAGAAUGUUGAUAGAUUUGAUACUGGCAAAUAUGUACUGACACUUGAGAACCUCAGUGGUUCUAAAUCAGCCUUCAUUAACGUCAGAGUUCUGGACUCCCCAAGCGCUCCUACAAACCUGGGGGUGAAAGAUGUGAAGAGAAAUUCUGUCUCUCUCUCCUGGGAGCCUCCUCUAAUUGAUGGAGGGGCUAAAAUAUCACACUAUAUUGUGGAGAAGAGAGAACAAAAGAGAAUGGCUUUCACCAGUGUUUGCACCAACUGUGUCAGGAAUUCCUUCAUUGUUUCUGAACUGCAGGAAGGAGGCCGAUACUUUUUCCGUGUGUUGGCUGUGAAUGAGCUCGGAGUAGGUCUGCCUGCCUCUACAGAUCAAGUCAAGGUGGCUGAGGCUCCUUUGCCUCCUGGUAAGAUUGUCCUGGUUGAUGUGACUCGUCAUACUGCCACUAUUUCAUGGGAGAAACCUGAUCAUGAUGGAGGCAGCAAGAUUACAAACUUCAUUGUGGAGAUGCAGCCCAAAGGAGAUGACAAAUGGACUGUGUGCAGUGAAGUCAAAGCAAUGGAAGCUACUAUUGGUGGACUCGUAACUGGAGAGGAAUACUCCUUCAGGGUGACUGCUGUAAAUGACAAGGGCAAGAGUGAUCCCAAGCCACUGGCUAACCCUGUGGUGGUGAAGGAUAUCACUCUCCCACCAAUCAUCAACCUGUUGUACGAUAUAUACAGUGUGAAAGCAGGAGAUGACCUGAAGAUUGAUGUUCCCUUCAAAGGCAGACCUCAACCCGAGGUGUCCUGGAAGAAGGAUGGCCAGGCGCUCAAGCAGACAACUAGGGUCAAUGUUCUUACUUCCAAGACGUCAUCCAAGAUUAUCAUCAAGGAUGCGACCAGGGAGGAUGUAGGAAAGUAUGAAAUUACUCUGACAAACUCAGUUGGUACCAAGACAGCUGAGAUAUCUGUUAUAAUUCUGGACAAACCUGGCCCACCAAGCAACAUUAAGAUGGAUGAGGUGAGUGCUGAUUUCAUCUCUCUGUCUUGGGAUCCUCCAUCUUAUGAUGGUGGGUGUCAAAUUAACAACUAUGUAGUGGAGAAGAGAGACACAACCACAACUGCAUGGCAGAUCGUCUCAGCAACAGUAGCCAGGACAUCAAUCAAGGUGACUCGUCUCACUCAGGGAACAGAGUAUCAGUUCCGUAUUGCAGCAGAGAACCGUUAUGGCAAGAGUUCUGCCAUCGACUCUGCUCCUGUUGUUGCCCAGUAUCCCUUCGAGCCUCCUGGCCCCCCUACCAACAUCCAUGUUUCCCAUGCCACCAAAUAUGGCAUGCUUGUGGAAUGGGGCAGACCUGCCAGUGAUGGUGGCAGUCCUGUUAUUGGUUAUCACAUUGAAUGCAAAGAGCAAAGCAGCAUCCUGUGGACCAAGGUCAACAGAGGUCUGCUGGCUGAGAACCAGUUUAAGAUGACAGGCAUUGAAGAGGGUUUGAUGUAUCAGUUCAGAAUCUAUGCUGAGAACAUUGCUGGAAUUGGUCCAUGCACAAAAGCAUGUGACCCUGUGGCAGCCAGGGAUCCAUGUGAAUCUCCACGCAACCUUAGAGUCACCAACAUCACCAGGACCUCAGUUUCCCUCUUCUGGGAGAAGCCAGAGUAUGAUGGUGGAGUAAAGAUAACUGGCUACAUUGUGGAGCGUAAAGAACUUCCUAAUGGCCGCUGGCUGAAAUGCAACUUUACCAACCUGCAAGACACCUACUUUGAUGUCACAGGCCUCACAGAAGAUGUCCAAUAUGACUUCCAUGUCAUCGCUAGGAAUUCUGCGGAGCUGUUGAGUGCUCCCUCAGAGAGCACUGGUCCUGUCACAGUCAAGGAUGAUGUGGACCCUCCCACAAUUAUCCUGGAUGAUAAGUUCAGACAGCUGGUUGUCAUUAAUGCUGGGGAGGUCAUUCGAGUUGAUGCCGAAAUUACAGGCCGUCCACUUCCAGUUGUCUCAUGGUCUAAGGAUGGAAAGGAAAUUGACGCCAAGGCCAGGUGUGAAAUCACCACCACCAACUUCACAACCACACUUAUUGUCAGAGAUGCCAUCAGGAGGGACUCUGGCCAGUAUGUCCUGACCCUGCACAAUGUGGCAGGAACCAGGGCUGUGGCUAUCAACUGUAAGGUUCUGGACAGACCUGGACCUGCCUCAGGACCAUUGGCAGUGUCUGGCCUCACAGCAGAGAAAUGUACACUAACAUGGGGUCCUCCUCAAGAGAACGGCGGUGCAGAAAUCAUGCACUACAUUGUUGAGAAACGUGAGACCAGUCGCCUCACCUGGACCCUUGUCUAUGGUGACAUGAAGGCAACCACCUGUAAAGUGACAAAAUUGCUCAAAGGAAAUGAGUACAUCUUCAGAGUCAGGGGUGUCAACAAAUAUGGGGAUGGUGAGGCACUGGAGAGUGAGCCAACAAAGGCAAUGGAUCCAUUCACAGUGCCUUCAGCUCCCACUAAGGUUGAGGUCACCUCAGUUACUGGUGAGGCUAUGACCAUCUGUUGGGAAAGACCAGUUUCUGAUGGUGGCAGCAGUAUCGCUGGCUAUGUUAUUGAAAAGCGAGAGAAGACUGGCCUUCGCUGGUGCCGUGUCAACAAGAAACCUGUUUAUGACCUCAGAGUCAAAGCAUCAAACCUUCGAGAGGGCUGUGAGUAUGAGUACAGAGUGUUUGCAGAGAACGCUGCUGGCCUUAGUUCUCCCAGCACCCCUUGCCCACUCACCAAGGCUGAAGACCCACAGUUCCUGCCUUCACCUCCCGCUAAGCCGAAGAUCAUUGACUCUACAAAGACCACAGUCACCCUGUCAUGGAAUAAGCCAUUAUUUGAUGGUGGAGCACCUGUGACUGGUUACAGAGUCAAAUACAGGAACAGUUCAGAUGAUGAAUGGUUUGUUGGAGUUCAGAAUACCAAGAACACAGAGUUUACAGUGGUGGGAUUGACACCAGGAACUGAAUAUGUGUUUGUUGUCGAGUCUAUUAACAAGAUUGGAUUCAGUGAACACAGUCCUGAAUCAGACAAACAGGUUGCCAAAGAAAGAGUGGAGGAGCCAGUAUUUGACAUCAGCAAUGAAAUGAGGAAGACUCUUAUUGUGAAGGAUGGUAGCUCAUUCACCAUGACAGUGCCAUUCAGAGGCAAACCCAUCCCCAGUGUUUCCUGGACAAAGCCUGAUGUUGACCUCAGAGUCCGUGCUGUCAUUGACACUACAGACACCUUUACUUCCAUCACCUUAGAGAAAGCAACUCGCAGUGACUCUGGCAAAUACACUGUGACCUUGUCCAAUGUAGCUGGGUCCUCCUCUUUGACACUCAGUGUCAGAGUCCUGGAUUCCCCUGGACCUCCUGCCAAUGUAGGUGUCAAGGAUGUGACCAAGACCUCUGCUACUGUGACGUGGGACACUCCUGAGAAUGAGGGAGGAGGACCAGUCAAGAACUACCUUAUUGAUUUCCGUGAGGCCAGCAAGAAAGGCUGGACUAGGCUGACUGACACAUGCCACAGACUGACAUACAAAGUGACAGACCUGAUGGAGGGAGGAGUCUACUACUUCAGAGUGACAGGCGAGAAUGAGUACGGUGUUGGCGUUCCUGCUGAGACCAAAGAAGGAACCAGAAUCUCAGAAAAACCAAGCCCACCACCAAAGCUGGGAGUGACUGAUGUUACCAAGGAGAGUGUGUCCAUAGCCUGGGCCAAACCAGAGCAAGACGGAGGCAGCAGAAUCACGGGAUACCUGGUGGAAGCUUUGGAGAAAGGCCAGGAGAACUGGUUCAAGUGUGGUGUAACCAAGUUCAUCCACUUCACAGUGUCUGGUCUGAGAGAGAGUGCUGAGUAUUUCUUCAGAGUCAAGGCAGAGAACCAUGCUGGCUUCAGUGAUGCUAAAGAAAUGGUUACCCCUGUUGUGGUCAAAGACCAGCUUGAAUCUCCUGAGAUCAUCAUGAAGGACUUCCCCCAUAACACAGCAUAUGUCAGAGCCGGCUCCACCCUCAAGUGUGAGAUCCCACUGACAGGCCGACCUCUGCCUAAAGUGUCCCUGUCCAAGGAUAAUGUGCUGCUCAAGUCAACAAUGAGGUUCAACUCUGAAGUCACCCCUGACAGCAUCAAGAUCACUCUGCGCGAGAGCAUUGCUGGAGACUCAGGACGCUACGAUAUCACUGCCUCCAACUCCAGUGGAACCACCAAGUCCUUUGUAAAUAUUAUGGUUCUGGACCGCCCCAGUGCCCCUGUUGGACCUGUGGAGCUGUUUGACGUCACAGAGGACAGUGUGAGUCUUAGGUGGCUCCCACCAGCAUACGAAGGUGGCAGCCCCAUCACCAACUACAUCGUUCAGAAGAGAGAGACAACCACUGCCAACUGGAUGGAUGUAUCUUCCUCUGUGGCCCGUUGCACCAUGAAGAUCAUGAAAUUGACCACCGGCCUGGAAUACCAGUUCAGAAUCAGAGCUGAGAACAGAUAUGGAAUCAGCGAGCACAUUGACUCACCAACUGUUGCUGUCAACCUUCCUUACACUAUUCCUGAUGCUCCAUCGACUCCAGAGAUUACUGCCGUCACCAGGGAGACCAUCACUGUAGCCUGGAAGGAGCCAAAGUCAGAUGGUGGCAGCCAUGUGUUUGGCUACCAUCUCCAGAUGAAAGAUAAGAACAGCAUCCUUUGGCAGAGAGUCAACAAAAUGGUGAUCCGUGCCACACACUUCAAGGUCACCAGCAUCAAUGCCGGACUUAUUUAUGAGUUUAAGGUUGCAGCAGAGAACGCGGCUGGAAUCAGUGCCUUUAGCAAGAUUUCAGAUGCAGUGUUGGCUAUUGAUGCCUGUGAGCCACCCAUCAACUUGCGCAUUAAUGACAUCACCAAGAACUCCAUUAGCCUGGUUUGGCAAAAGCCCAACUAUGAUGGAGGAUCCCCAAUCACUGGUUACAUCAUUGAGAAGAGAGAGGGCGUUAGUCCCAAGUGGUCCAAGGCCAACCUCACCAACGUCACAGACACACGCUUCACUGUGACUGGCCUAACCCAGGACGAGUCAUAUGAGUUUAGAGUCAUGGCCAGAAAUGCUGUUAGCUCAGUGAGCAACCCGUCUAUAACUGCUGGGCCAGCCACAUGCGUGGACACCUAUGGUGCCCCAGAGAUUGAGAUUCCUCAAGAGUACUUCAGUGAGGUCAAGUACAGGGCAGAGUCUAAUGUGGAGCUCAAGUUCAAUAUCACAGCCAAACCUACACCCACAAUUGAGUGGUUUAAGGAUGGCAGAGAGCUGGAGCCUACCGCACAGCUCUCUUUCAAACACACAUUCGAGACCACCAGUUUAUUCUUGAAGGAUACCACUCGUCUUAACUCUGGAACCUAUGAGGUCAGGGUGAAGAACUCCCUGGGAACUGCAAGUGCCAUUGUCAGGCUGCUCAUUCAAGACAAGCCAGGCCCACCUGCUGGAGAGAUUCAGUUUAAGAAGGUGACAGCUGACAACAUCACCAUUAUGUGGUCCCCGCCUGCUGAUGAGGGCGGUGCCAUGGUAACACAUUAUAUUGUGGAAAAGAGGGAGACCAGUCGAGUCAUGUGGUCUAUUGUCUCAGAGAAAAUGGUUGACUGCAUUGUUAACGUGGCCAGACUCAUCCAGGGCAAUGAGUAUAUCUUCAGAGUUCGUGGAGUCAACAAGUAUGGCAUCGGAGAUGCACUGGAGUCUGAACCUAUAAUCGCAAGGAAUGCAUUUGUUCCUCCUUCUGAGCCAUCCAAGCCUAAAGUGACCAUGAUCACCAAGUCCACAAUGACAGUGAUCUGGGAAAGACCAGCAUUGGAUGGAGGCAGCGACAUUGACGGCUACUACCUGGAGAAGAGGGAGAAGAAGAGUCUGCAGUGGUUCAAGGUGGUGAAGGGCACCAUCAGAGACACGAGGCAGAAAGUCACCAACCUGGUGGAGAACAAUGAGUACCAGUACAGAGUUUGUGCUGUCAACAAGGCUGGAGCAGGAAACUACUCUGAAGCCUCUGACCUCUACAAGGCCUACGACCCCAUUGAUUUGCCUGGGGAGCCAUCCAAGCUGCGUGUAGUCGACUCCACAAAGACCUCUAUCACCCUUGGCUGGGAGAAACCCGUCUAUGAUGGUGGCAGUGAAAUCACACACUACAGUUUAGAACAGAUGAAUGCAGAGGACAAAGAAUGGGUGAUCAUCAACCCACAGGUCAAAGCCUGUGAGUAUGUGGUGUCUCACCUCAAACCUGGAACCUACUACUUCUUCAGAGUCUCUGCUGUCAACUGCAAGGGCAAAGGAGAGGACAUCAAGAUGUACCAGCCUGUGCAAGCCAAAGAUAUUUUGGAGGAGGCUGAUUUGGACUUGGACGUUCCCAUGACAACCCAAUACACGGUCAGGGCCGGCCGUGAUGUAGAAGUGUUUAUCCCCCUGAAGGGACGCCCCGCCCCCAACAUCACUUGGCGCCGUGGUGACCGCAACAUAGCUGGUGACAACCGCUACACUGUCACCAGCACUGAGCGAGCCACCACACUCCUCAUCCCUAAGGUCACCCGCGAUGACCGUGGCAAGUACCUGCUAGAGAUUGAGAACGGGGUGGGAGAACCCAAGAUCAUUACCGUGUCCAUCAAGGUUCUGGACAGUCCAGCUGUCUGCCAGAAACUGAUAAUCAAGAAUGUGACAAGAGGAAAGCUGACCCUCAGCUGGGAGGCUCCUCUCAUCGAGGGCGGCUCCCCGGUCACUAAUUACAUUGUGGAAAAGAAGGCCUCCACCAUGAAAGCUUACCAGGUGAUCUGUGAUAAGUGUCCCAACACAACUUACAAGGUGACGGGACUGGAGGAAGAUGUAGCUUACUUCUUCCGUGUGUCUGCUGAAAACGAGUAUGGUGUGGGCGACACCUGUGAAACUACUGAGCCUGUAAGAGCCACUGAAACUCCUGGAGCUGUUAAAGACCUGGUGAUGGUGGAUUCUACAAAGACCUCUGUUACCCUGCAGUGGAGCAGACCUGACCAUGAUGGUGGCAGCCACAUUACUGAAUACAUCAUUGAGAAGAGAACCAAAGAAGAUCCCACAUGGACAUUGGGAGCAACAUGCAAGCGUUUGAGCUGUGAGGUGACAGGACUCAAGGAGAAUGCUGUCAUGGACUUCAGAGUGAUGGCCAAGAACGAGAAGGGCAACAGUGACUACUCCCAGAUUGGUCCCAUCACAGUGAAGGACUUCAUCAUUGAACCCGAGGCCAACCUAAGUGACUACCCCAAUGGAGAGCUUGCUGUUCGUAUUGGUCAGAACAUCCACAUUGAGUUGCCUUUCAAGGGUAAACCAAGACCUGCUAUCAGCUGGCUGAAGGAUAACCUGCCUCUGAAGGAAAGUGACAAGAUUCGCUUCAGGACCACUGACAACAAGACUUCAGUCACAGUCAGAGGGGCCAAGAAGGAGCAUGCUGGCCAGUACACCUUGGUUCUGGACAACAGAGUCAUCAAGAACUUCUUUGACAUUAAUGUGAUCACUCUGGGACCUCCCUCAGUGCCUGUUGGUCCCAUCCGCUUUGAUGAGAUUAAAGCCCAGAGUGUCAUCAUUUCUUGGGAUGAGCCAAAGGAUGAUGGAGGUGGUGAGAUCACCUGCUACAGCGUGGAGAAACGUGAGACUUCCCAGGCUAACUGGAAGAUGGUCUGCUCCAGUGUUGUCAGGACCACAUUCAAGAUUCCCAACCUGGUCAAGGGAACUCAGUACCAGUUCAGAGUCCGUGCAGAGAACAAGUAUGGAGUCAGUGAAUCACUCAACUCCUCUGAUGUUGUUGCCCAGCACCAGUACAAACCUCCAGGGCCUCCUGGAAAGCCUGUGGCCUUCAACGUCACCAGUGACGGCAUGACCAUCAAGUGGGAUGCUCCAGGCUUUGAUGGAGGAUCCCCGAUUAUGGGCUAUCAUGUUGAAAAGAAGGACAGGAACAGCCUCUUGUGGGAGAAGGUGAACUCGACCAUCAUCUCCAACAGAGAGCACAGGAUCAUUGGUCUCUUGGAGGGUCUGGAGUACUCCUUCAGAGUCUAUGCUGAGAACAACGCUGGACUUAGCGUUGUUAGUGAACAGAGCAAGCAUGCACUUGCUAUCUCCCCUGUCGAUCCACCUGGCACCCCUGUCUGUAUUGAUGUGACCAGAGACUCAGUCACACUGCAAUGGGAGAUCCCCAAGAGGGAUGGUGGCAGCAAAAUUGUUGCCUACAGUGUGGAGAGGCGCCAAGGUAGAGGCAAAUGGCUCCGAUGCAACUUCACUGAUAUCUCAGAGACCCAGUUCACUGUGACUGGUCUGUCCCCUGGAGACCGAUUUGAGUUCAGAGUCAUUGCCAGGAAUGCCAUUGGUACAGUCAGUCCACCAUCUAACUCUUCUGGAUACAUUAUGACCAAGGAUGAGAGCAUUUCCCCAGAGAUCGAGUGGUCUCCAGACCAGGUGCUCACUCUGAGGGCCGGUGAAAACAUUAAGCUCAGCUGCAGAAUCACUGGACGUCCUGUUCCCCAGAUUGUCUGGUAUAAGGAUGGCAAAGAGGUUGACAAGAGGACCAUGCUUGACAUUGAGAUCACCACCGGCAUUGGCACCAGUAGUGUAUUUGUUCGUGAUGCUAACAGAAACCACCGUGGAAUCUAUACAAUAGAAGCUAAGAACAGCUCUGGUACCAGGAAAGCUGAUGUCAAUGUCAGAGUACAAGAUACCCCUGGGCCUGUCGAUGGCCCCAUCCGUUUCACAGGCAUCACAGCUGAGAAAUGCACCGUGUGGUGGAACCCACCAGAGAACGAUGGCUGUGCUGCCAUCACUCAUUAUGUGGUGGAGAAGAGGGAGACAUCCAGGAUCACCUGGGCCUUGGUCACAUCCAAAUGUGAAGCCUGUUCUUACAAUGCCACCAACCUCAUCAAGGGCAAUGAAUACCAAUUCAGAAUCUCUGCUGUCAACAAGUUUGGUGUUGGCAAACCACUGGACUCUGAUUCAUUUAUCGCACAGAUGCAGUACACUGUGCCUGAUGCCCCUGGUACCCCAGAUGCCACCCACGUGACUGGAAACAGCAUCACCCUGGGCUGGACAAGGCCAAAGUCAGAUGGAGGCAAUGAGAUCAAACACUAUAUCCUGGAGAGGAGAGAGAAGAAGAGCCUGCGCUGGGUAAAGGUUUCCUCCAAGAGGCCCAUCACAGAGCUAAGACACCGUGUCACCAACCUCACUGAGGGCAACGAGUACGAGUUCCGCGUAAUGGCUGAAAAUGGUGCUGGUAUUGGACCAGCCAGCAGCACUUCCAGGCUCUUCAAAUGUAGAGAACCAACCAGUUCUCCCAGUAACCCCACAUUAGUCAAAGUUACUGACUCCACGAAGACUUCUAUCACUGUGGAAUGGACUAAGCCAGUCUUUGAUGGCGGUAUGGAAAUCAUUGGCUACAAUAUCGACAUGUGUAAGGCCAGUCUGGAGGAGUGGCACAGAGUCAAUACACAGAUUUGCAUCCACACCAAGUACACUGCUAAGGGCUUGGUUCCUGGAGAGUUAUACAAGUUCAGGGUCAGUGCUGUGAAUGGAUCAGGAGAGAGUGAACCCUCAGUGUUGCCCAGUGCUGUUCAGGCUGUGGACAGACUUACAUUACCUGAAAUUGACAUUGGUGCCAAGUUUAAGCAGACUCACAUUGUGAAGAAUGGCGGCACUGUCACUCUCCACAUUCCCUUCCGCGGAAAACCAACUCCUCUCGCCACCUGGUCUAAGGUUGAUGGUGAGCUGCCUGUUAUGGCUGAUAUUAACACCACUGAUUCUUCCUCUACUCUGACCAUUGAGAGUUGCACUAGGUACGAAGCUGGCAAAUACACCCUGAGCCUGGAGAACAACAGCGGGCACAAGUCAAUCACAUUCACAGUCAAAGUGCUUGACACACCUGGGCCUCCGGGAGCUAUCACCUUCAAAGAUGUUACCCGUGGAGCCUUGACAGUUAUGUGGGAUGCCCCCACGAAUGACGGUGGAUCCAGAAUCCACCAUUACAUUGUGGACAAGCGCGAGGCCAGCCGCCUGGCCUGGCAGGAGGUCAGCAACAAGAGCUCUCGUCAGAUGAUCAGGGUAACUGGUCUGGAGAUUGGUGUGCCAUAUCUCUUCAGGGUCACUGCUGUUAACCAGUAUGGUCAGGGAGAACCUCACGAGAUGACGGAGCCCAUCGUUGCCACAGAAGAACCCGCACCACCCAAGAGAUUGGAUGUUGUUGACACCACAAACUCCUCGGCCUCCCUUAUGUGGCUGAAGCCCGAGCACGAUGGAGGCAGCCGCAUCAGAGGCUACAUCGUUGAAUUCAGAACCAAAGGCACUGACCGCUGGGUUGUUGGUGGAGAGACCAAAUCCCAGAAGAUGCUGUUGGAGGGUCUGAUUGAGAACACAGAGUAUGACUUCAGAGUCAAAGCCAAGAAUGACGCUGGAAUAAGCGAGCCUCAGGGCACCUUCAGCUCUGUGGUCAUUAAGGAGCCUCGCAUUGAACCUACUGCUGACCUCAGCAGCAUUACCAACCAGCUCAUCAUAUGCAAGGUCUCCAACACCUUCACAAUCAACAUUCCCAUCAGCGGCAGGCCGGCACCCAAGGUCACCUGGAAGCUGGAGGAAAUGAAGCUAAAGGAGAAUGACAGAGUCUCCAUCAGAACCACAAAGGAGAACACGACUUUGGUGGUGAGAGAAAGCAAGAGAAGCGACAGUGGCAAGUACUACCUGAUCCUGGAGAAUGCUGCUGGUGUGAAGACAUUCACAGUGACAGUGAAUAUUGUUGGCAGACCGACUCCACCUACAGGCCCCGUGGGAAUUUCUGGAGUCUCUUCAGAAUCCUGCACUCUCUCCUGGUCCGAGCCAGCUGAUGAUGGCGGCAGUGAUAUCACCAACUACAUCGUGGAAAAACGUGAGUCUGGCUCUGCCUCCUGGCAAGUAGUAAACUCCAGUGUGAAGAGAACCACCAUCAAAGUGACUCACCUUACCAAGUAUAUGGAGUACACCUUCAGAGUGUGCGCUGAGAACAAGUUCGGAGUCAGCAAGUCCACUGAGUCUGCUGCUGUAGUCAUUGAACAUCCAUUUGUUCCUCCAAGUCCUCCAACUCGUCCAGAUGUGGUAUCUGUGUCUGCUAAUGCCAUCAGCAUCAAAUGGGACUUGCCAUAUGCUGACGGUGGCAGCCAGGUGACAGGCUACUGGAUCGAGAAGAAGGAGAGAAACACAAUCUUGUGGGUUAGGGAGAACAAGCUGCCCUGCUUGGAGUGCCAGUACAAGGUGUCCAACCUGAUUGAGGGCCUGGAGUACCAGUUCAGAGUGUACGCCAUGAACAUUGCUGGACUCAGCAAGGCCAGUGAGGCUUCCAGACCUGUGGUGGCGCUCAAUCCUGUUGAUCCUCCCGGUAAACCCGAGGUGACGGACAUCACCCGCUCCUCUGUGUCACUAUGCUGGACCGUGCCAUUCAACGAUGGUGGCAGCAAGAUUGUUGGUUAUGUGGUGGAGAGGAAAGUCUACAGUACAGAUGAAUGGGAUGACAAUCGCUGGCUCAAGUGCAACUACACAACCAUUAGCGAGAACUACUUCACCGUCUCCAACCUGGGAGAGGGAGAGACCUUUGAGUACCGUGUCAUUGCCAAGAAUGCCGCCGGUGUCCACAGCGCACCCUCCGAGACCACUGGGCCGGUCACAUGCAGGGAUGAAUACUCUCCACCAAAAGCUGAACUAGACAGCAAGUUGGUGGGUGAGACUGUCACCGUCAUGGCCGGCUCCGAUCUGGUCCUGGAUGGCGCCGUCGGCGGUAAACCAGAGCCAACUGUGUACUGGGUGAAGGGCGACAAGAUUUUGGAGCUUGGUGAGAAGUACUCACUGACCUACACCGCCACCAGAGCCAUGGCCGUUAUCAAGAACUGUGACAGAUAUGACACGGGCAGAUACAUCCUGACCGUCAAGAACGCCAGUGGAGUCAAGACCGCUGCUGUCAAUGUCAAAGUUCUGGACACUCCUGGAGCUCCAGCUGAUAAGAUUGUGAUCAGCAGAGUGACAGAGGAAAAGUGUACGGUGUCCUGGAAGAUUCCUCUGGAGGAUGGUGGAGACAGUGUCACUCAUUACAUUGUGGAACGUCGCGAGACCAGCCGCCUCAACUGGGUCGUCAUGGAGACUGAGUGCAAGACGCUGUCGUGUGUCAGCACUAGGCUGAUCAAGAACAACGAGUACAUCUUCAGAGUCAGAGGAGUCAACAAGUUCGGACCUGGAGUUCCUCUGGAGUCUGAACCCGUCAUUGCAAGGAACGCCUACACCAUCACGACCCAGCCAGGCACUCCAGAGGCCACAGCUGUGGGUAAGGAGCAUGUCAUCAUCGAGUGGCUGAAGCCCGAGAGCGAUGGAGGCAGCGAGAUCAAAACCUACCUGGUGGAUAAACGAGAAAAGAGCAGCACCAGGUGGACUCGGGUGAAUAAGAAUUACACUAUCUACGACACCCGUCUGAAGAUCGCAGGCCUGAUUGAGGGAAGCGAGUACCAGUUCAGAGUAACGGCUGUCAACGCUGCUGGAGAAAGCCACCCAAGCGACGCCUCACCAUACAUCCUCUGCAGAGACCCAACAUACACCCCCGCUGCUCCAUCAAUACCUCGUAUCACUGACACAACCAAGCACAGCAUCAGCAUGACCUGGACCAGGCCCAUGUAUGAUGGCGGCUCCGAUGUCACCGGCUACGUGGUUGAGAUCCUUGAGGAGGGCUCCGAGCAGUGGUACCGCGCCACUGCUAAAGCUCUCAAGACAAAUGAGUAUGUGACUGCCGGCCUGGCAGCCAAUAAAAAGUACAGAUUCAGGGUCGCCGCCGUUAACAACAAAGGCACCGGCGAGUUCAGUGAGCCGAGCACUGAGGUUGAACCCCUGGAGAGAAUCGAAAUGCCCGACCUGGAGCUGGCUGAGGACCUGAAGAAGACAGUGUGUUUGCGUGCUGGAGGAACUUUGCGUCUGGUUGUAUUUGUCUCUGGCAGGCCGCUACCUCUAGUCGGCUGGAGGAAGAAGGGUGUUGAGCUGCAGAGCCGUGGCUACAUUGAGACCACUGACAGCUACACCGCACUGACAGUGGAGAAGGUCAACCGCUACGACUCCGGAAAAUAUGUUGUGGAGGCAGAGAACCCCUCUGGCAAGAAAACUGCCACCAUCUUGGUUAAGAUCUACGACACUCCUGGUCCUCCAAGUGCUGUUAAUGUGAAGGACUAUACCAAGGAAUCUGUUGUGAUCACUUGGGACGUCCCAAGCAUUGAUGGUGGUGCUCAUGUCAGCAACUACAUCAUCGAGAAACGUGAAGCCAGCAUGAAGUCAUACAAGACCGUCACCACAGAGUGUAGAAAGACCCUGUUUAGGAUCACCGGUCUGGAGGAGGGAGUGCACUACUUCUUCAGAGUCCUGCCGGAGAACAUCUAUGGUGUUGGCGAGCCUUGUGAGACAUCCGAGGCUGUGCUGGUGUGCGAAGUGCCGUCAGUGCCUCAGAACCUCCAGAUCGUUGAUGUCACCAAGUCCUCUGUCUCUCUGUGCUGGGAGAAGCCGCUGUACGAUGGCGGCAGCAGGCUGACAGGCUUUACCAUCGAGGCCUGCAAGGUGGGCUUGGACAGGUGGAGUACUGUGGCUACAGUCAAGGCCUCAGUGUCCCAGCACACCAUCCAGUCUCUGGCAGAGAACGACCAGUACCUCUUCAGGCUUCGAGCCACCAACAGCAGGGGACCUAGCGAGCCCAUGGACACCGUCACUCCUGUCACCAUCCAGGACAUCAAGGUGAUGCCCAAGAUAGACAUGACCAACAUCCCUCAGAAGAUUGUCCAUGUGCACCGCGGCAAACCCAUCGACCUUAACAUCCCCAUCAAGGCCAAACCGCAGCCUGUCUGCUCCUGGUUCUUUGGUGGUGUCAAACUGAAGGACAGCCUUGACCGCAUUAAGAUUGACAGCAAUGGAAAAUACUCCCACCUCGUGAUUCGCGAGACCACCAUCAACGACACAGGAAACUACACGCUUGAGGUGAAGAACGCCAUCGGCAUGGCCACAGAGGUCAUCAAGGUCAUCAUCCUCGACAAACCUGGCAUCCCAGUGGGUCCAGUGAAGAUUGAGGAGAAUGACGGUGUGUCAGUGACAGUCAGCUGGGAACCUCCAGAGAAGGACGGUGGUGCCAACGUUAGCGGCUACGUGGUGGAGCAGCGUGAUGCCCACAGGCCAGGAUGGAUCACCAUCUCUGAGUCAGUGACCCGACCCUGUUUCAAGUUCACCAGACUUACGGAGGGAACUGAGUAUGUGUUCCGCGUUGCUGCCAUGAAUCGCUUCGGUGUUGGCGGCUUCCUGCAGUCUGAGGUGGUGGAGUGCAAGAGCCCGAAGACCAUCCCUGGACCUCCAAGCAAGCCAGAGGUGCUUGAUGUCACCCAUGAGGGCAUGACUCUGACCUGGCAACCACCUGCGGACAACGGUGGCUCUACCAUUGCUGGCUACAUCAUUGAACGUAAGGAGGCCCAUUCUGACAGGUGGUUGAGGAUCAACAAGAACCCUGUCACAAUGACCAGAUACCGCUCCUCUGGCCUGAUAGAGGGGCUGGAGUACGAACACCGUAUCACCGCCAUCAACUCUAGAGGAGCCAGCAAACCCAGCGAAAGCUCUGCCAUCACUGUCGCCAUGGAUCCCAUCGAGCCUCCAGGUCCUCCAGUCGAGGCCAGAGUUACAGACACCACCAGGACUUCAGUGUCUCUGGCCUGGCUGCCGCCUGAAGAGGAGGGUGGUUCUAUCGUUACUGGCUACCUGAUCGAGAUGCAGAAGGUGGACCAGGUGGAAUGGACCCUCUGCAACACGACGCCCACCAAGAUGUGCGAGUACACCCUCACACACAUGCCCCAGGGUGCUGAGUACAAGUUCAGGGUCAUCGCCUGCAAUGCUGGCGGUUCUGGAGAGCCCGCUGAGAUUCCUGGAGUGGUUAAGGUCCAGGAGAUGCUUGAUUAUCCCGACUACGAGCUUGAUCGUAAAUACGAGGAGGGCUACGUGGUGCGGCAGGGUGGAGUUGUCCAUCUGUCUGUGCCUAUCAAAGGUAAACCCAUCCCUACAUGCAAGUGGACCAAGGAUGGUCGUGACAUCUCUCACCGGGCCAUGAUUGCCACCCAUGAUGACAUCACUGAGCUGGUCAUCAAAGAGGCACACAAAGAUGACACCGGUACCUACGACCUGGUGCUGGAGAACAAAUGUGGCAGGAAGGCUGUGUACAUCAAGGUGAAGGUUAUUGGGCGCCCUGACGCCCCGGAAGGCCCUCUGGAGUUUGACGACAUUCAGGCCAGAUCAGUGCGGGUCAGCUGGAGGACACCAUCAGAUGAUGGCGGCUCUGACGUUCUGGGAUACAUCGUUGAGAGGCGGGAGGUACCCAAGGCUGCCUGGUAUACAGUCGACUCCAGGGUGACCGAAACCUCUCUGGUGGUGAAGGGUCUGAAGGAGAACGUGCAGUACCACUUCAGGAUUUCUGCUGAGAACCAGUUUGGUGUCAGCAGAUCUCUCAAGUCUGAUGAAGCUGUCACACCGAAAACACCACUUUGCGCCCCAGAACCUCCAAGCAACCCACCAGAGAUCAUGGAUAUUACCAAGACCACAGUGUCUCUGUCCUGGGCCCGGCCCCGGGAUGACGGAGGCUCCCGCGUUACAGGAUACUACGUGGAAAGGAGAGAGGUGUCGACAGAGAAGUGGGUUCGACACAACAAGACUCACAUCACUACCACCAUGUACAAUGUCACUGGUCUCAUCCCCGAUGCAGAGUACAUGUUCAGAGUGGUGGCUCAGAACGACAUUGGGCAGAGCGAGCCUGGUCCUGUUUCAGAGUCUGUGGUCUGCAAAGAUCCAUUUGACAAACCCAGCCAACCAGGAGAGAUCGACAUCAUCUCCAUCACCAAGGACUGUAUCACCAUCCACUGGCUCAGGCCAGAGCAUGACGGCGGCAAGGAGAUUCUGGGCUACUGGAUUGAGUUCAGGCAGGCUGGAGAAAGUGCCUGGAAGAAAUGCAACAAGGAGCGCUCCAAGGAUCGUCAGUUCACCAUGGGCGGCUUGAUGGAGGCAACUGAGUACGAGUUUAGAGUCUUCGCCGAGAAUGAGACUGGACUCAGCCGACCUCGCCGCACACCCAUGGGCAUCAAGACCAAACUGAGUGUUGGUGAGGCUCCGGCUUUGAAGGAAGAGAUCCAAGAUGUAACCACCAAGCUUGGCGAGUCCGGUACCCUCACCUGUGGCAUCAUUGGCAGACCUCUGCCUGAGAUCAAGUGGUACCGCUACGGCAAGGAACUGAUCCAGAGCCGUAAGUACAAAAUGAGCUCAGAUGGCCGGAACCACUCCCUCAGCAUCCUGACAGACGAACAGGAAGACGAGGGCUUGUACACCUGCAGGGCCAUCAAUGAAGCUGGAGAGAUCGAGACCAGUGGCAAACUGCGUCUGCAGGCAGCACCACAGUUCCACCCCGGCUUCCCUCUGAAGGAAAAGUACUACGCCGGAGCUGGCACCAGCCUCCGCCUCCAUGUCGUCUACAUCGGACGUCCCAUCCCACAGAUCAUGUGGUUCUAUGGCAAGAAGCCGCUGAACGCAUCCGAGAAUGUUAUUAUUGAAAACACUGAAAGCUACACCCACCUUGUGGUGAGGAACGCUCAGAGGAAGACCAAUGCUGGCCGUUACAAGGUGCAGCUCAGCAAUGUGUAUGGAACCAUCGACACCGUGCUUCGAGUUGAAAUCCAAGAUAAACCAUGCAUCCCUGAGGGCCCUGUUAUUAUUGAAGCUUUGCUGAAGAGCUCAGUAAUCAUUAGCUGGAAGGUGCCUAAGGACGACGGAGGCUCCAUGAUUACUAACUACAUCGUGGAGAAACGUGAGGCCAAAGAAGGCGAGCAGUGGCAGCUGGUGUCCUCCUCCAUCUCUGGCACCACUUGCCGUGUUCCCAACCUGAUCGAGAACGCUGGCUACUACUUCAGAGUCUCUGCCCAGAACCAGUAUGGAGUCAGUGAGUCUCUGGAGAUCCCAUCAGUUGUCAUCAUCAAGAGUCCAUUUGAAAAACCUGGCAUUCCACAACAGCCCUUCAUUAUCAGCUCGACCAAGGACUCCUGCGUCGUCUGCUGGAAACCUCCAAGCAGCGACGGCGGAGCUAAAAUCACCGCCUACUACCUGGAGAAACGUGAGAAGAAGCAGAACAAGUGGAUGUCAGUAACCAGUAAGAAGAUUGUGGAGACCAGCUUUGAGGUCACGGCCUUGAUCGAGGGCUUCGAGUAUGAGUUCCGUGUCAAGUGUGAGAACAUGGGUGGUGAGAGCGACUGGAGUGAGAUUUCAGCGCCUAUCAUCCCCAAGUCCGACCAGGCUCCUCGGGCUCCCGCGUUCAGGGAGGAGAUCAGGGAUAUGAUUGUCAAAUACCACGCCAAUGCCACGUUUGUCACCAAGGUGGUGGGACAUCCCAAGCCUUUGGUGAAAUGGUACCGCAGUGGAAAGGAGAUCCAGGCAGAUGGCACCAAGAUCAAAGCCUUGGAGUUCAAGGGAGGCUACUACCAGCUGGUCAUCACUGCUGCUGAUGAGAAUGAUGCAACAGUUUACCAAGUUAGAGCAACCAACUCCUCAGGAUCCAUCUCUACAACAGCCAACCUAGAGGUGGAAGUUCCUGCUAAGAUCCACCUGCCAUUGGAGCUCCAGGGAAUGGGAGCAGUCCAUGCUGUCCGUGGUGAUCACAUCACCAUCAAGAUCCCCAUCUCUGGCAAGCCUGAGCCAGCAGUCAUUUGGCAGAAGGGUCAGGAGAUCCUCUCCAACUCUCCUUAUUACCAAGUCAUCACCACCAGAUCUUUCACUUCCCUGGUGUUCCAGAAGGGAGUGGAGAGGAGAGAUACUGGCUACUACAUCAUUACUGCAAAGAACAGGUUCGGAACGGACAAGCAAACCAUUGAGGUGAACAUUGCCGACAUACCUGAUCCUCCAAAGGCAUUGGCUGUCAGUGACAUUGCUCGGGACUCCAUCACCUUGACCUGGGAGCCCCCUGCCAAUGACGGUGGAAGUGACAUCAUAAGCUACAUCGUGGAGAAGUGUCCCACCACUGCUGACAGGUGGAUCCGUGCAGGACAGACCACUGACUGCAGCAUUACCAUCAUCAACAUAUUCGGAAAGACCAAGUACCAGUUCCGCGUCAUUGCGGAAAACCAGUUUGGCCUGAGCCAUCCUUCUCAGCCAACUGAGCCCAUCACCACAAAGGAAGACAAGUCUGUGAUUAGGAACUAUGACGAGGAAGUGGAUGAGGCCAGGGAAGUCACCAAAGAGGAGGCUCUGUUCUACAAGGUAAAGGAGCUGUCCUCCAAGUACAUCAUCUCUGAGGAACUCGCUCGUUGCCAGUUUGGAGUUGUCCACCGCUGUACGGAGAUUGCCACAAAGAAGACCUUCAUGGCCAAGUUCAUCAGGGUCAAAGGAACUGAUCGUGAACUGGUUCUCAGAGAAAUUGAAGCCCUGAAUGUAGCAAGGCACAAGAACAUCAUCUAUCUACAUGAAUACUUUGAAAGCAUGGAGGAGAUCAUCCUUAUCUUUGAAUUCAUUUCUGGAGUUGACAUCUUUGAGCGCCUAGGCACCAGCAACUUCGAGCUCACAGAGCAGGAGAUUGUUCGCUACCUGAGACAAGUCUGCUCUGCCCUCAAGUUCUUGCAUAGCCACAACUUUGCUCACUUUGAUAUCCGCCCAGACAACAUUGUCUACACCACAAGAAAAAGCACCAUCAUCAAGAUAAUUGAGAUGGGCCAGUGUAGGCUGCUGGUGCCAGGAGAAAACAUUAGGAUGCCGUUCUCUGCUCCGGAGUACUGCGCCCCUGAGAUCCACCGUCACGACCUGGUCACAACAGCCACUGAUAUGUGGUCUGUUGGUGUAAUGGCCUAUGUUUUGCUCAGUGGCCUUAAUCCGUUUGCUGCAGAGUCCACUACAAAGAUGAUUGAGAACAUCUCCAGCUGUGAGUACAUCUUUGACAGUGAAGCAUUUAAUGACAUCAGCCUGGAGGCUAUGGACUUUGUGGACAGACUUUUAGUCAAGGACAGGAAGCUCCGUAUGACAGCCCACGAAGCUCUCGAGCAUCCAUGGCUCAAGAUGAAGAUCGAGAAUGUCAACAACAAGACCAUCAGGACACUGAGACACAGAAGGUACUACCAGACCCUGGUGAAGAGAGUAGAUACCAUUGUAUCAUCAGCUCGUGUGGCCUAUGGUGGCGCCUUCAAGAACCAGAGAGGAUUGGCUGUUGGUAAAGUGAAGAUUGGAACAGAAUACCGUGGUCUCCGCACUGGUCCAGUCAUGCAUGGCUCAGCUGAAGAAGGUGGCCAUGCCAGAUUUACCUGCAGUAUCACCAACUUUGACAAGAGUACUCAGGUGACAUGGUACCAUGGCAACCGUCAGCUACAUGCAAGCACUAAGUAUGAAAUCUCUUACAGCAAUGGUUUUGCUAGCAUCUACGUAAAGGACAUUGAAGAGAGUGACGAUGGUGUGUACAGAUGCAAGGUGGUGAGUGAUGAUGGAGAGGACAGUGCUUACGGAGAGCUCUUUGUUGAGACAGUGAGGAGCAUCAGAGAGUACUACAUCAGCCGCUCUGUCAAGAAACUGAGGAGAAGAGUUGACAAGACAAAACUCCUACAGAGACCGCCAGAGUUCACUUUGCCUCUCUACAAUCGCACUGCCUACAUUGGAGAAGAUGUGCGCUUUGGUGUCACCAUUACUGUGCACCCGGAGCCUCAUGUCACAUGGCUGAAGAAUGGCGAGAGAAUCAAACCAGGUGAAGAUGACACCAAGUACACGUUCACAAGCGAUAAGGGUCUGUACCAGCUGAUGAUCCACAACGUGGAUAAAAAUGAUGAUGCUGAAUACACCGUCAUGGCCCACAACAAGUUUGGAGAAGACAGCUGCAAGGCCCGUCUCACUGUGACACCUCAUCCUGUAACCGAGGAAACUAUGAGGCCCAUGUUCAAGCGUCUGCUGGCUAAUGUUGAUUGCGUUGAGGGACAUAGCGUCCGCUUUGAGCUCAGAGUCUCAGGAAUCCCAACUCCUACUCUGAAAUGGGAAAAAGAUGGUCAUGCGCUGCAGUUUGGUCCCAAGGUGGUUGUCAUACAGGAGGACAUUGACUACCAUGUCCUGCACAUCAGAGAUACUCUGCUCGAGGACUCUGGUGUGUACAAGGUUACAGCAACCAACUCCGCUGGCUCUGCAAGCUGCCAGGCUACACUUAAGGUGGACCGCCUCACCUACACCAGGAGAGAGUACAAGAGCGAGGAGGAGAAAUACAAACACAUACAGAAACAAAUUGAAAAGACCAACAAGAUGGCCAUGAAAAUUGCUGCCACCGAGGAACUUGUACCUUUCAACCCCACAGCCCAGGAGGCACUCAGUUAUGCUGCAGAGAUGUACAAGCCUGCAGUGAGCACUAAGAACGUUGAAGGCGAGUUCGACAUCACAGUGGAGAAGUCUGAAACUAAGAAGCUGGAGGAGGAGAGGAGGAUCUUCAUGCCGUAUGAAAUCCCUGAGCCUGUGACUCAUGAUCCCAAAGCUCUGGAUGAGGACAAAGCUAUUAAACAAUUUGUGCCUCUCUCUGACAUGAAGUGGUACAGGAAACUGAGAGACCAGUAUGAGAUUCCAGAGAGGAUGGAGAGGAUUGUGCAGAAGAGGCAGAGGCGUAUACGCCUUUCUAGGUGGGAGCAGUUCUACGUCAUGCCCCUCCCAAGAAUCACCGACCAGUACAGGCCAAGAUGGCGUAUUCCAAAACUCACUCUGGAUGACUUGGAGACUGUCAGACCUGCUCGCCGUUCACCUUCUCUUGAAUCUGAAGUCUCCUUCAGAUCAAGAAGAAGAUCUCUGGGAGACCUCAGCGACGAGGAGCUGCUGAUGCCCGUGGACGACUAUCUUUCCAUGAGGAGAACAGAGGAAGAGAAGAUGAUGCUGGAGGAUGAACUGGAGCUCGGCUUUUCUGCCUCACCUACUGGCAGCCCUGUUCGUGUUGAGCGACGUGCCGUUGAACGUGAAGAGAGGAGGCAGGAGGUCAGGCACGAGGCUGCCGAGAUUACUGAGACAAAGAAGAAACGCACUGUUUCACAAUAUAUGAGGAGGAGAAGGUCACUUUCUCCCACAUACAUUGAACUCAUGCGUCCAGUCUCAGAGCUGAUCAGACCAUCACGCGCCAUGCCUGUGGAAACAGAGGGAGAGAUUGUGGGAAGGAGGUCCCCUACCCCCGAGAGGACCCGUCCCCGCUCUCCCAGCCCCAUCAGGUCCGUUGAGAGAUCAUCGCGCUCUUCCUCGAGGUUUGAGCGGUCUGCCCGCUUCGACAUCAUGUCUCGCUACGAGGCCAGAAAGGCUGCUCUGAAGGCAGAGAGGAAAUAUCAGGUGGUUAGCCAGACACCCUUCAGCCUGGACCAUGCUCCCCGUGUGACAAUCAGGAUGCGCUCUCAUCGCAUCCCAAUUGGCCAAGACACAAAAUUCACCCUGAACAUCCAAAGCAAGCCAGAGGCCGAGGUCAGGUGGUUCCACAAUGGAAACGCGAUCUCUGAAAGCAGUGAGAAAUACAUCUUCACCAACAUGAGUGGUGUUUUGUCCAUCACUAUCCUGGACUGCCAGGAGGAGGACAGUGGCACUUACCGCUGUGAAUGCUCCAACUCUAAGGGAGAAGCUUCUGACUAUGCCACCCUUGAUGUGUCAGGUGGUGGCUACACUACCUUCGCCUCUCGCCGCAGGGAUGAGGAUGCUCCCAAAGGACACGUCCCUGAAAUGCUUCGCAUUGACCAUUAUCACACCACCCACUUUAAAGCUGGCUAUGCUUCUGAGAGCCACUUUGCAGUGGAAGAGAGCAAGUCUAAGCUAACGGAGACACAUGAGGUUGUCACACGGGAAAGGUAUGCUCCCUCCUCUGCUGAGAGGUACUCCUCUGCUGAGAGAUACUCCUCUGCUGAGAGGUACUCUUCUGCUGAGAGGUAUGAUUCAUCCAUCAAGUUUGCCUCCGCUGAAUACCUGUCAUCUGAUUCCUCCUACUCAUCUGAAAAGUUCUCUCUGACUGGCAAACACACCACGUCUGAAUCUAAACUGAAGUCAUCUUCAGCUGCUGUUUCUGAGGAAGUUGCUGUCACCAAGGUGAAGCCUUCUCUUCCUGCCAGAAUCCUCACCAAGCCCCAGUCUAUGACAGUUUCAGAGGGGGGGACCGCCAGAUUCUCCUGUGAUAUCGAUGGGGAGCCUGCAUCCACUGUAACAUGGAUGCACGAGAGCAGAACCAUCGUCUCGUCUCACCGCAUCCACGUCACCACCACCCAGUACAAGUCCAGCCUGGAGAUCUCCUCUGUGAUGGCCUCCGAUGAGGGCAGUUACACGGUGGUGGUAGAGAACUCAGCAGGCAGACAGGAGGCUCACUUCACCUUGACCAUCCGCAAAGCAGCUCCUAAAGAGGAGGUCAAGGCUGUCAAAUCCCCUGAGCCAUCUGUAAAGUCACCCACUCCCAGUGUGAAGUCACCAGAGCCUUCAGUCACAUCACCUGCUCCUUCAGUAACUUCUUCUGUCCCCAGUGUCAAGUCCCCCGAGCCUUCGGUUAAAUCACCCACUCCAAGCGUGAAAUCUCCUGAACCAACGUCUCCUGCUCCGGGUGUGAAGUCACCAGCACCUGGUGUGAAGUCACCGACGCCAGGUGUGAAGUCACCAGCGCCGGGUGUGAAGUCACCAACGUCGGGUAUGAAGUCACCAACGCUGGGUAUGAAAUCUCCUGAACCAGAGGGAAUUAAAUCUCCAAGGAGCAUCAAGUCUCCUGAGCCAGCUGCACCCUCUCCAGCACCAGGCAUAAAAUCACCAGCUCCAGGUGUCAAAUCUCCUGAACCUGAGGGAAUCAGGUCACCACGGGGUAUAAAAUCACCUGAACCCAAGGUCAAGUCACCACCACCACCACUCAAGACUCCGGAGAGUGUGAAGUCACCCGAACCUGAGGAAAUCAAAUCACCCCGUGGCAUCAAAUCUCCAGAACCCGCAGGACUCAAAUCACUUAGAGGUGUCAAAUCUCCAGAACCUGCAGGAAUCAAAACGCCAAAGGGAAUCAAGUCCCCAGAACCCGCAGGCAUCAAAUCACCAAGGGCCUUGAAGUCCCCCGAGCCCGAAGGAAUCAAAUCACCUCCUAGGAUGAAGUCUCCUCCUCCUAUCAUGUCCCCCAAGAGGGUUGUGUCUCCACCGACUGUCAAAUCCCCAAUCCCGAAACCUCCUAAAGUCCUGAGUCAGCUUAAAGCCGAGGCCAGUGAAGGCUCGGUGAGGAUGUCCUGUGUCUGUGAGAGCAGCGUCAGGGAGGUGGUGUGGUACGUCAAUGGAAGGAGGCUCUUGCAGAGCAGUCGCUUUGAGAUGCACUACUCUGAGGGCUCCUGCAGCCUUCUCAUCCAUGAUUUGGCAGACAGCGAUCAGGGAGAGUACAUCUGUGAGAUGACAUCAGAGGGAGGGGUAUCCAAAUCCUCCUUCUCCUUCACCGGACAGGUGUUCCAGUCCAUACGCAUGAAGGUCACGGCCUACCGCGAGCAGCAACUGGCACUUAAAGGAUCCAUGAAGAUGAGUCACAAGGAGUCGUCAUCGUCUGUGAGCUCAUCCAUGAUGAUGAAGAAAGAAAUGCACAUGAUGGAGGAGUCCUCGUCUUUCUCUUCCUCCGCCCAGCAGGCAAUGAUGUCAUCCAUGAUGGAGUCCAGCUCCUUCAGCAGCAUGGCAGCUGAGAUGAAGUUUGAGACCAUGUCCAUGUCCAGCAUGUCCUCCGUGGCAUCUGAAACAUACGCCAUGAGCUCCAGCAGUCUGGCGGAGAUGUCGUCCCACAUGGAGGGGUCCUCAUUCAGAGCCAUUGGUUCUGCUCCAAGGAUUGAGGCUCUGCCAGAAGACAUCAGCAUCGAGCCGGGCAAAAUCCUGACAGUCACAUGUGCCUUUUCUGGUGACGCAAAACACAUCGAGUGGUCCCGCAGCGGCAGAACCAUCGAGGUGACUGCUGGCGGACGCUUCCACAUCGACACUACAGAGGACCUUACCACCCUCAUCAUCACCGGGGUGAAGGAGGAAGACGCUGGAACCUACACCCUGAAGCUGUCUAACGAGCUCGGAUCCGACACAGCGACUGUUCACAUUAGCAUUCGAUCAGCGUAAAAAACACAAAACAAAAAAAAAAAUCUAAUCUUUCACUCUUCCCCUCUUCCCUACUUCCAUGCCUUUUUAUUUAAUUAUUGAGCGAAAUAAUCGACUUGAUCAAGAUCUGGAUUUCUGUUCUUGUAAAUAUGAACUAUUUUUGUACCAAUCUUGACAUUAAUUUAUGCCAAACUAGACUAAAGUCUAAAGUUGUUAUAAAAUGUGCCAUAUUGGAUAACUAUGACUUAGGAUUUUUGAACCACUUUUCUGUGACAUGUACAUAAUGUAUAUAGCCGAAUUUAACGGUUAUGGGAAAUGUAUGCAUUGUUAUUUAUGACAAUAAUAUUAACUGAAACAAAAUGAAACUAAAUGUGGUUUAACAGGAGAAAGUUCCAGUAGGAACGAAUACCCUGUUAAACUGAGAAACUAAACUCUGUGCCUCAACGAUAAGUUGAAGUCUAAGAUUGCCUCAGCAGGUAGAGAGGCUCCCUGUUGAUGUUAACUCAAUCAGAGACAAAACUAUGAACGCACCGCGGUGCAUUGUAACCAGAGCUUGAGAUCCUGAGUGCUGUUUGCAGUUACCCUCAUGUAAGCAGGACGACUGGACCUCGUGCUCCGACUGAUUAUGUCAUACCGCCAUUUCGAUGACAUGCUCACAGUGCGAGCGGCCUGCACUCCCUGAGCACAAGCGUUUCUUUUUGUUUUGUGCUCCGCUUCUGGCAAGCGACCACUCGCACGGACUCUUCAGUCGUUCCAUCAACCUGGCCAAUCACAUAAAACUAGAGUCCAUCCUGUGCUUGUUUGCAGAGGCAGAGCUGUCUCUUGGAGGUCUGCAGUGUGUUUGUGUGUUAGUUUUUAGAAGUUCACCUGUCAGUCAAGCUGGGCGCCCCCAAGCAGCUGAAAGCAACUGUCACUGGGAUCAUCAAGGACGGAGAGAAGUGUGGUCUUGCGAGUCGCCUUGCACUUUGGUUUGAUUGAAGUUAGCUGUAGCGUUGACUAUUUUCGCAGCCUCCUUGAGCUUUUCUCCAAUUAUUGAUUUAAUAAAGCAUGAUUAUCAGCACUA